AUGAUGGCAUAUGGCUUGCUGGUAUUUAUGAGGAAAUGUUAUGUGUGGUUUGUAGCAGUCUUAAACAUGUUUAUGUGUUCACGGUUUGUGUGUUCGUUUUUUAAAAUCUGUGUUGAUUGCUUGAUAUGUCUUGUUAACGUUGGCUCGGAAAAUGUAUAUACAGUGGCUUGCCAAAGUAUUCACCCCCCUUGGCAUUUUUCCUAUUUUGUUGCCUUACAACCUGGAAUUAAAAUUGAUUUUUUGGGGGGUUGUAUCAUUUGAUUUACACAACAUGCCUACCACUUUGAAGAUGCAAAAUAUGUUUUAUUGUGAAACAAACAAGAAAUAAGACAAAAAAACAUAACUUGAGCGUGCAUAACUAUUCACUCCCCCUCAAGUCAAUACUUUGUAGAGCCACCUUUUGCAGCAAUUACAGCUGCAAGUCUCUUGGGGUAUGUAGCUUCUCUAGGGGCGGCAGGUAGCUUAGUGGUUAAGAGCGUUGUGCCAGUAACCGAAAGGUCGCUGGUUGUAAUCCCAGAGCUGACUAGAUGAAAAAGGUGAAAAAUCUGUCGAUGUGCCCUUGAGCAAGGCACUUAACCCUAAUUGCUCCUGUAAGUCGCUCUGGAUAAUGACUAAAAUGUAAAUGUAUGUCUCUAUAAGCUUGGCACAUCUAGCCAAUGGAAUUUUUGCCCAUUCUUCAAGGCAAAACCGCACCAUCCAUCAUUCCUUCAAUUCUAACCAGUUUCCCAGUCCCUGCCGAUUAAAAUGGGGUGAUGAGAGUUGUUGGGUUUGCGCCAGACAUAGCGUCUUGCUUGAUGGCCAAAAAUCUCAAUUUUAGACUCAUCUGACCAGAGUACCUUCUUCCAUAUGUUUGGGGAGUCUCCCACAUGCCUUUUGGAGAACACCAAACAUGUUUGCUUAUUUCUUUCUUUAAGCAAUGGCUUUUUUUCUGGCCACUCUUCCGUAAAGCCCAGCUCUGUAGAGUGUACAGCUUAAAGUGGUCCUAUGGACAGAUACAACAAUCUCCGCUGUGGAACUUUGCAGCUCCUUCAGGGUUAUCUUUGGUGUCUUUGUUGCCUCUCUGAUUAAUGCCCUCCUUGCCUGGUCCGUGAGUUUUGGUGGGCAGCCCUCUCUUGGCAGGUUUGUUGUGGUGCCAUAUUCUUUCCAUUUUUUAUAAUGGAUUUAAUGGUGCUCCGUGGGAUAACCCAACCCUGAUCUGUACUUCUCCACAACUUUGUCCCUGACCUGCUUGGAGAGCUCCUUGGUCUUCAUGGUGCCGCUUGCUUGGUGCUGCCCCUUGCUUAGUGGUGUUGCAGACUCUGGGGCCUUUCAGAACAGGUGUAUUUAUACUGAGAUCAUGUGACACUUAGAUUGCACACAGGUGGACUUUAUUUAACUAAUUAUGUGACUUCUGAAGGUAAUUGGUUGCACCAGAUCUUAUUUAGGGGCUUCAUAGCAAAGGGAGUGAAUACAUGUGCACGCACCACUUUUCCAUAAUUUAUUUCUUAGAAUUCUUUGAAAUAAGUUAUUUUUUUCAUUUCACUUCACCAAUUUGGACUAUUUUGUGUAUGUCCAUUACAUGAAAUCCAAAUAAAAAUCAAUUUAAAUUACAGGUUGUAAUGCAACAAAAUAGGAAAAACGCUAAGGGGGAUGAAUACUUUUGCAAGGCACUGUAAGUAUAGUUGAGGGACAAGUCUAGUCAAGGAUGAAAAAUAUAGCACUCACACCCAAAUCCCCAUGCAGCCUGGUGAUCCUUCUGAGCCUCUCUCUCUCUCUCUCUCUCUCUCUCUCUCUCUCUCUCUCUCUCUCUCUCUCUCUCUCUUUCCUUCCUCCCUCCCUUUCUUCCCUGUGCAGUGACCUCUGUAAAUCAUAAUGUUUAUUGGAUAUGUGUGUGAGAGCAGGUCGGCUCAUGCCCUCUCCAUAGCACAUGUCAACUGGAUCCAUUUGUCUAACAUGAUGAGCUAGAUGCUAAAUCACUCAUUUCCCUUUUUAGCACAGGGCUGGAUUUACAGUAUGUAGUGAGAAAAUGAUUAAUCUGUGAUAAAAACUGGGUAAAUUGUUACCCUGUGAGAAUACUAUUCCAUGGUGAAGUGUAGUCGCACAGUGUGUGAGUGUGUGUGUGCGUCCGUGCGUGCGUGCGCCUCAAACUUUCCAUGUUCACAUUAGUUGCUCCCUCCCGCCUCUCCCAUGUAGCCUGUUGUUUAAUGUUCUGUAAUGUUCCAGUGUUUAGUACUAAUCAGAAAUGACACUGUUGGACACGAGACAGAGUUCUUUAGGACUUAGUCACCUCAUCCAUGUUCCAGUGCCUUGACCUAGUAUGAGCAGUUUGUGUUUAGCCUGCAGAACACUCUGCAAUACAUAUGUUUUCUCUUUACUUUAUUUAUUUACACAAUUCAUUGAGUUUAUGCAUUUUGUUGUUGUUGUUUGUUUAUUUGUUUCCAUCCGUUUUUAGUUCCUGGUUACAGUUGUUUUAUGAUUUCCUGUUUUCUGUGUGUUUCCAGGGAGACAUCCAGCAGCUGCUGAUUGUGGCGGACCACCGUGCUGCCUAUGACUACUGUGAACACUACAGCCCUGACUGUGAGGUCCCUGUCCCAGAGCAGCCCCAGGCCCAGGACCCCAACACAGACGAAUAUGUGAGUCACUUCAUCACCUCUCCAGACUCUUACAGUAUGUUUACAGUAUGUUUUAUACUCUUCCUUCAGUUGAGUCUCUCUCUUCUUACGUCUCAAGGUAAUUGUCUUCAGGUGGAAGUCGACUUGCUGUGUCAGCUUGAGAAGUUUAACAACUAGAUAACAAACCACUCUAUAUAAUACAUUGCUCAUUUUUUGGACAAUCAGAGGUUAAGGGCAACUAUUGGUCAGGGUGUGUCCUUUGGGGCAUUAUGAGGAGUACCUGAUCUAGCAAGAACAUAAAAGCCAACCAAAGAAGUUCUAAACUCCAGGUUCAAACAGUAAGGGAGUUCAGUGCAUUAUAUCAAAUACAGCAUGCCCUGAGGCCUGCCCUGAAAUUCCCUGAUACAGUAUUCCUUAUUCCCUUCAUCAAUAAGCGGUUCUUUGAUUAGGGAUCAGGCUGUGUCGGUUGGACAAACUGCUGGAAAGAAAGAGCUGCAUUGCUGAGGGAAUAAACACUGUCUGCCAGAGAGAAAGUGCUGAGUGCUGGGAAAUCAACAGGGUUGAAUCUGCUAUGCAGUUAUAGAGUGAAUCAAAUAUGCAGGAAUGGCAGAGUACUUGCCUAAGCCUGUAUCUCCAUACUCUAUGCUGAAUGGAGAUUUUCCUUCUAUAUCUGCCCCCAUUCUAUUAAACAACUCUGCUGUCCUACCUUGGCAUGGUAAGGCUAAAUCCUUUGGAGGAGAAGGACAUUAUUAAUUCAACAAGCUGACCAACCACGCCCUUGGACUCUUUCCAGUUGAAGUGGUGAUCUCAGCCUUCUAAUGAAGUGAACUAGUCAGAGAGAGAACCAGAACCAUAGUGUGCCCAAACACAGCUCCUGUACCUCUCAUCUCAGCCCAUCUUGAGCCAUCUCGAACCAAAGGGAACCAGUUCACCCUGACAUAGUAGAACCGUAGUUCUACAACUACAGCCAAACCAGAGUCAAACGUAACGGUCACAAACACAUACCUCAAACAUGUUUCAGACCUGUUUUGGGUUUGUUCAUAAUCUGGUUCCAAUAAUAGGGCUAAUAUGGAGCAGUGCUCACAGAAAAAAAUACUUCAGAGUGACUGAUGCAACUAGUACCUCUCUCCCUUCAGUACAUGAUCAGGAUGAGCUCUAAUUACAGAGAGCUAUGGCAUGCCAUCUUUCUGUGCAUUGUACCUCCAUAAGCAAAUAAAGUAAGCAAGCACAAAAUGGAAGUGCCCCCCAAUCCAGCCGACCCACACUUCUUAAAAACCUUCACACCUGAUCUCCCUUCGUACGACUUCACUAACCCCCCCCCCCCCCCCCCCCCCCCCCCCGUUAGAAUGGGUCGGGUAGGGUUGACAUUGUUGGCGUGGUUUCUGAUCAGGUUUGGACUCAGCCUUUUGUCGGGGAUUCCCAGCAUCCACAUCAUCCAGUGGAGGCUGCUUAGGGGAGUUUGGCUCAUAAUGUCUGGAACAGAGUAUUUGUGACAUCAUCCCAAUAUCAGACAACUCUGAUGGUAAAAAUAAAGGAAUAUUGGUUGUUAUCAUAAUGUUAGGCUGUUUUCAUAGAGUACAAAGCAAUGUCUUUCUUUCUCUCUUUCUCUGUCUGUAGUCUAAUAUCUGUCUCUCUCUCUCUCUCUCUCUCUCUCAUCAUUAUGUGUAUGUCAUUUCAUUCAUCAACCAUUAUCCAUUUCCCUGUAUGUAUAGAGCACAGAGGAGGAGGACCCUAUCUGUUGUCUUACAGUACAAUUAAAUGUCUUUCUCUCUCUCUCUCUUUCUUUGCCUCUCUCUCUCUGCCCUCGAGACUCUCGUGCGACUCCGAAUGGCGGGCCCUCAUCGUCGAGAAACUCAUCAGCUCUCUCUCAAUCUCUCUCUCGCAUGCGAAGCGUCCGUCUCUCUCUCUCCUCUCUCUCACGCGAACAACACCCCGCACAGCCACAACACACACACGACACACACACACACACACACACACACACACACACACACACACACACACAUCUCUUAUUAUUGUCAUUUUCAACCAUCAACCAUCAUCCAUUAAAUCAAUAAUAUACCAGAGGGUGUGUGUUAUGGUGAUUAUUGGAACGACAUGAUGCAGUCACUAGGAGCAAGACGCAAGUUCUGUCGGCUAAUAAUCGGCAUAACUCACACCCUCAAGUAUAUGAUUGCGUAUAUGAAACGGUUUUACACAGAAAGCAAGAACUAUGAAAUAAUAACUUUAUGGUCAACCAUUACUGUUAGUGGAAUGAUCAUAAAGUGAUUAGGUCAUUUUUCGAUGACGCAUGACUAGCCGUGGUGUUGUGCUCAAUAAUACCACGGCUGGAACGCAUUUUUGACCAAUCCGAUUGCUUGGCGGGAACUAACCGUUUCAUAAUUCCCUGUAUUGUAUAGAACACAGAGGAGGACAGCUAUUACUAUGAGUAUCCUUACUAUGAGGACAUGGAUGGGAAGCCUUCUGAGUCCACCUCCGAGACUGAGACUGACGAAGCAGCUGGACCUGCCACGGAAGACGUAAAAGUACUGUCCCCUUUCUGUCCCUUGUCCCAUGUCCCCUGUCCACUAUCCCCUUUACCUUGUUCCCUGUCCAUUUAAAAGACUACCGUCUAUCUCCAUUUUAGUGGGGUGGGACUUGACACCCUCUCCCCAUUCACAUACCUUGUUUUAAAAUGUAGUGAUUGCUGUUGAUGCUAGCUGAGUAUGUUCCAAUGUCAGUUUCGAAUGCCAUCUUGGUCAGGUCUCCUUUUGAAAAGCUAUUCUUUAUGGCUUUAAACUAAAGUUACUGUACAUUAAAACAAUUCAUCAAAAGCAUUGUAUAGGCUACAGUUUGUCCUCCUAACAUUUUGUUGUCCUCCUCUUCAGGUGUCCGUGCCAGAGAGCGGCCGUGUGGUCACCUCCGUCAAAGAGUUGGUGUCAUCAGUCAGGGACACAGCCAGUCAGGGAGUCGAGGGCAAAGUGUUGACCGCCAUUUCUACCGGCAGCGCCUCCGCUGGAGCCGCUGCAGCAGGAGCCGGAGCCGCCGGCGAGGAGGCCUACGGAGAAGAGACCAGCCCUUACGACGGCUAUGAUACAGAUAGUUACGGAAACUACGAUUCAUACUACGACGAGUCCACGGCCGCGCCCGACGGCACCCGCAGAGUCACCAUCAGCAGCUCGAGCACAGGGACGGGCGCAGGGGUGGAGCUGGACUUGGGGCUGGGGUCAAAGUUUGACCUGGGCACGGGAGCAGAGAUUGAGAAGGUCAUCACCACUAGUGGAGGAGUCACCAUCACACGCAACAAGACCUCGGUGAGUUACACACACACUGUUGUUGUGUGCUUGUGUGGUAGUGUCCUAUGUUUUACCAGUUAGAUGUUGUAUCUGAAAUGUGUCCUAGAACAUCUUAUCAUAUCUCAGUGUGUCCCAUUGAUUCACUGCCCCUGUCCUUUCCUCUCUGGUCUCUCAGGCUGGAACAGCCUACGAUGACAACUAUGGCGAGGGCUAUGACCUGUCUUAUGGAGAGGGAGAGGAGUACAGCAUCGGCGGCGGUGGCCACGGCAGCAGAACCAGCAGUAGCAGUAGUACUGUAGAAAUCGGUGCUGGUGGUGGUGGAUCUGUAUCGGUCGGGGGCGGUUCUGUUUCCGUUGGGGGCGGUUCCGUUUCCGUUGGGGGUGGUUCCGUCUCUGUAGGUGGAUCUGCCAGCGCCGGAGGCGGGGCGGCAAGAGCAGGAGCUGGAGCCGGGGAUUCGGUUGCUACGGGAGCCGGGGGCCAGGGUGUGGCUAUUGAGGGAGACUACACUGAUCUGGAGGGUGAUCGGUUCAAGGAGGAGUCCAUCUCUGAGUAUGGGGAUGCAGACUAUGGCUAUGGAGACCUGGACUACGAUGGACAAGAGGAGAAAGUGCUGCCGGCCGAAACAGAGUACUACGGACAGGUAAGGACGAUGAUGAUGAUGACGAUGAUGAUGAUGGUGGUGGUCAUGAUGAUGGUGGUGGUGAUGAUGAUGAUGAUUAUGAUGUCGGCGAUAGACUAUGUUGAUGAUGAUGGUGAUGGUAAUGAUGAUGAUGAUGAUGAUGAUGAUGGUGAUGGUAAUGAUGAUGAUGUCCUCUGCAGGUUGAUGGGUCUCGGGGAGAGAAGGGACAGAAGGGAGAACCUGCUAUCAUUGAGCCUGUGAGUAUAAUUUAUCCUACAUGUGUGUGUUUCACACGUGUGUGUGUCUGUGUGAGGGUGUGGGUGUGUGUUUCACACGUGUGUCUGUGUGAUUGUGUAUAUGAUUAUUUCAAAUCCAAGCCAUGAGUCAUCACACACCACUGACUGACAAUCAUAUAAAUCACAUGAUGCAGUAUAACACACUGGUCCAAAGGGUGAACAUUUGGAGUAUGGAUACAUAGAGGAUUGUGAAUAAUCAUCUGGUGUGUAAACACAUUGGGCUAGCAUAAACACUGACCAGGGAGAGCCCAGCUGGGAAAGGGAGGGGAGAGAGAGCGAAAGAGAGAGAGAGAGAGAGAGAGAGAGAGAGAGAGAGAGAGACAGAGAGAGAGAGAGAGAGAGAGAGAGAGAGAGAGAGAGAGAGAGAGAGAGAGAGAGAGAGAGAGAAGACAGAGGAAAUCUCCCAAAGACUUCCCAACCUCCAGCAAUCUAAAGACCUCACAGAUGGAAUAUAGCCAGUCCCUACUUGGGAUUUGAAAUCAUGUACUCCAGCACUCCACAUUCCUCAGGGGACUGUGUUAACUUGCGGAAUUAAUGCCAUGGCUAUACCUGAUAUGCCAAUGUCAUCACUGGCAGCCAAUUCCUAUGUUGUGAUCCAAAGCGCACACAUUAAGAAAAAAUAUAUUCAUAAUUCAAUACCCCAAUCUGACCUGAGUCACAGAACCACAGCUGUCUCCCUAUAAGCAAAUGUCACUGGGCUCAACUGUAUGUGUGUGUGUUUUACCACCCAGAAUGAGCCUGUGAGUCGUCCAUCUUGUUCAGAUUGUAAAUAAACAAGGAACAGAGCCCCCUCCUUUCAGUCCAAUCCCCAUUUGUCUGCAGUGACGACAACCCCCACCCCCCUGCCAGCCCCAUCCAGCCCACCCAUACCACACUCAUACACACCACACAUACACACACACACACACACACACACACACACACACACACACACACACACACACACACACACACACACACACACACACAAACACACACACACACACACACACACACACACACACACACACACACACACACUCCUCUAUCUGUUUACUGCUGUGAUUAGUCACUCUAAGCCUGAGUCAAACAUCCCUGGCCAUACAUCUACACAGGACCACUAAGUGUUUGACAGACAGACAUACUAUAGGAAAACUGUGAAAUGAUCUCACACACUUAUCCAUAAACACACAUCAAACAAAAGACACAGGUAUGGCUCUGGGAAUGUUAAAGACCUAGGUAUGGCUCUGGGAAUGUUAAAGACCCAGGUAUGGCUCUGGGAAUAUUAAAGACACAGGUAUGUCUCUGGGAAUGUUAAAGACACAGGUAUGGCUCUGGGAAUGUUAAAGACCCAGGUAUGGCUCUGGGAAUGUUAAAGACCCAGGUAUGGCUCUGGGAAUGUUAAAGACACAGGUAUGGCUCUGGGAAUGUUAAAGACACAGGUAUGGCUCUCGGAAUGUUAAAGACACAGGUAUGGCUCUCAGAAUGUUCAAAAGUGGUGCAAUAGAGGUCUCUUUUAUCUGUAAAAUAGAUGUGGCUUGGAGAAGAUUUAGUUGGUUCUAGAAAAAUGCUGAAGUCACGUCAUUCUUACCCAGGCUUUAGUUGUGUUAUGUGAUGUUUUUAACACUGUCAUCUCAACAAAGCAAGAAAUCAAAUUGUCACCACGAAAAAAAUGAAGAAUUUUCACUGUCAUCACAUAGUGGAUGAGCAUGUUCUUGUCACAAAGUCCUCUCAUACCUUUGUCAUAACACUUCAGCCCAUCUGUGAGCGUUUAUGUGUACACACUGCAGAGACAGAGACAGACAGACAGACAGACAGAGACAGAGACAGAGAUAUGUGAUUUUGAAGUAUGAGCAGAGGGUAAGGGUCAUGUUCAGAGAGACAGGGAGUGCUUACUAUGAGACCCCCCCCCCCACUCUCCUGUUGCCAUCUCUCCUGUUGCAUGCUGGGAGCUGGAGGAGCAAUUUCCCACCUUGCUUUUAGCUGAUUGGACAGAGACAUAUCUCCUUGACAGCUUGACUUGGUCCUCCGUCUCUCAGGGUAAAGCUUGGUGCUUGCAAUGCCAGAAUAGUAGGUUUGAUUCCUGGGACCAUCCAUACGUAAAAUGUAUGCACACAUGACAGUAAGUCGCUUUGGAUAAAAGCGUCUGCUAAAUGACAUAUAUUAUCAUAUUAUUAUAAUUAUAAUAUGACUUCAUGUGUUUGUCAUUACCCAUAGUCCCCUGUUCCAUGUUGAACAUGUUCCAUCAGCCUCCUGCCUUGGUCCUGAUCGUUAUUCACCCUCUGCCUGUUCCUCCCAGAUUCAUGUGAAGCGCUAAAUGAAAUGACAGGCAGGAAUUUAUAUUAAAUCACCAAACACUCCCCUGGAUGGAGAGUAGAUAUGCAGAAUGUGUCCGGACACGUAUAUAUAUAUGCACACAUACUGAAGAGAUACAUGCAUAUGAAUGAAUGUAUACGCAGGGUUGCAUACACACACACACACACACACACACACACACACACACACAUAUACACACACACAGACCCACACAAGUACACAAGUACACACACACACACACACACACACACACACACACACAAACACACGCACACAAACAAACAAACAAACAAAGGGUCAUAGUGUCAUGUGUUAGUGGCGAUGCUGCGUACUCUACAGGCUGCAGCCAUCCAUCUCUCUGAUGUGUUUGUAUGUUUCAGGGAAUGCUGGUGGAGGGUCCGCCCGGUCCUGAAGGCCCAACAGUAAGUACCUCUCUCUAUUUUCUCUCUCUCUCUCUUUCUGUCGGUCUCUCUCUCUCUCUCUCUCUCUCUCUCUCUCUCUCUCUCCUCUCUCUCUCUCUCUCUCUCUCUCUCUCUCUCUCUCUCUCUCUCUCUCUCUCUCUCAUCCAGUCUCUUAUGAUUUCAGUGGAAGAUGACAGUUUUCUGACAUUGUUUCAGCCCUAUGUUCUAUUUGGUCUGUCUCUGGGUUAGGAAUAUUGUGUAUCCUCCACUGUUCGUCUUGGAAUGACUAGUGUUACAUUAAGAGAGAGUGAAACUGCAGCCCAAUCAGUGUGAUUUUGACAGGCCUCCUUGCCAGUCCUGAGAUUUAGUAAUAGGAAUGGUAACAGCACAACACACCACUUGCCCCAGAGGUUCUCAGAUCAGUUAGUAUUUAUUUAUUUACCUAUAUGCACACUGUUGUACGCUAUUAGACCGCAAAAAUCAGAAUCACCUUUAUUUGUUAAGGACAUUUACACAUACUCCGAAUUUGACUUGGUGAUAUGGUGCUGCUAGUGAUAGACAACAUUUAGAGACAGAAUACAGACAGUAGAAACAGCCGAGAACGAUAGAGUAAGAGUUAGUAGUGAAAGAGAGAAGGGGCCCCAGUUAAGAUUUAUCAUCUAACAGACUGCCUGCCCAUAUUUCCUCAUACAUUCCUCUCUCGUUCUCUCUCUUAUGUUUCCGCGUACAACUGUUACGCAAGUUUGCCUGAGUAGCAUUUUGUUUUGUGUGUGUGUGAGCAUGAGCGUGCGCGUGUAUGUGAAUGUGUGUAUGUGGGUGUCUGUGUUUGUGUGUGUGUGUGUGUGUGUGUGUGUGCCGUCCUCAGUCUCUGAUAAUAUGUAUUGUUGUGUACAGGGUCUCCCUGGACCCCCAGGUUCCUCCGGCCCCCCAGGCAGCCCCGGAGACGCAGGAGACAGGGUGAGAAACAAGGACACACAGACAAAUACAACAAUUAAUGAAAAAUACCACAGCCACAUGCCAACCACCACCAACACAUCACAUAGCCAUUGUUUCAACACAACCACAAGGUAUAAAUCAAGCUGUUGAUAUACAGCAAGGUAUCAAUUAGUCACCACCACUACCCAAAACAUGGGAGAACACCUGUACAAGUUUAGUCAUUCCUGGCAUCAUGUAUGUACUCUCUUCUCUCUCUCUCUCUCUCUCUCUCUCUCUCUCUCUCUCUCUCUCUCUCUCUCUCUCUCUCUCUCUCAGGGUCCUAAUGGUCGUGCUGGUCUUCCUGGUGCUGAUGGUCUGCCAGGACCACCAGGGACUGUCCUGAUGCUGCCUGUAAGUAAAUACUAUAAUACUAUAGUUUAGAAUACACUGAUCUAGAGUACAUACAGAUCUAUAUCUAGAACAGAAUACAUAUGGAAUGGGUGCGUCUAAUAUUCAGUAAUAACACCUGUUGCAUAUUAGACUCAUGCAUUCCAUAUGUUUUCUCAGAUGACAGAUGACUGUAUGUUUAUGCACAUGUGUACGUUUACAACUGUAUGUACAAUUCUGGCUUGUUGGCUAUUGUGUGUGCAUUUAUCAUCUGGCAGACUUUCUUUUUAAACUUCCAUCCUAAUCUUGUCCCUUCUGUAAUGCUACCCUUAAGCUAUCGUCAUCGGCACUUCAACAUAUUUGUUCGUGAUUACUUCAGACAAGGCUAAUCCUCUCUUCUCUUCAUUGCAUUAUUUCACUCUUUGAUUCAUAGAGUGCUGUUGAUAUCGGGUCAGAGUUCUGUAUGGUUUGGGUCACAGUGUCCUGACCUGUUGUGAUGUGUGUUUUCCUGACUGUGUCAGAGGGGUUUAGAGAUCUCUGUUCUGUUAGCCAGUGCAGGGAGAGAGUUUCCUCCUGAAUCAAACACUCUUCCUCUCUGGUCCUGCCCCAGAUAAUCCAAUCAGAGAAUGCUGUGGUAUAAACCAGUCAAUAAGCACUCUAUCACCUCCUAGUGGAAGCUGUAGGAAGCUGUGGUUCUGCUGUCAUUUAGACUCACUCUAUGGGAACUUCUCAAUUGCAUACUCCUUGCGUCUUCUCUCCUCGUCGCCUUCUCAAAACCCAUUGGAUGAGAAAGCCAGAAGUCCCUCCCCUCUGACCUUCUCCUCCAAUGGGUUUUGAGAAGGAGAUUUUGAGAUUUUCCCUCUUUCUUAUUCCAUGCCCUUCCUCUCCCCUCUCUCCUCCCAUUCUUACUAAUGAGACAACUACCUCACACCAUUCCACAAUCCUCGGCCACCCACUUUCCUAUUGUCCUCUGACUCCAGCCCAAAUGACAUAUCUACACUCGUAGAAAAAAGGGUUGCAAAAGGGUUCUGCCGCUGUCCCCAUAGAGAACCAUUCUUGGUUCCAGGUAGGACCCUUUUUGGUUCCAGGUAGAACUAUUUUGGGUUCUAUGUAGAACCCUCUGAGCAAAGGGUUCUACAUGGAAUCCAAAAGGGUUCUACCUGGAACCAAAAGGGGUUCUUCAAAGGGUUAUCCUAUUGGGACAGCCGAAGAACCCUUUUUGGUUCUAGAUAGCACCUUUUUUUUCUAAGAGUGUAGGUGUCUUACAGACAGGAAGUAAUCCAGCCUCAGACAGGAAGUAGAGCAGGUCUAAGUGCUCCUUCCUGUGAUCACAGCUGCUAAAACUAAAGGCUAAAGUUAGUAGCUAGCCUUUCUGUUUGUUCUGCUGCUGAGUCUUCUGCCUGUACUGCUGCUGCCUGUACUGCUACUGCUGAUUGUGAUGACUUGACCAGAUGUCCUGCUGGAGUCUCAGGAGUCCACAGAGCAGAGCAGAGAGCCUUCUGGAAAAGCUGUAUGUGUCGGGCCAAGACGUCUGGUCAAGGUGUACCAGUAAAGCAUGGGCCCAGUGCUUAAUAUGACAGGAACCUCUCCGUUUUGGACUGUUUCGUUCCGGGACCCAUUUGGCCGGAUCCGGUACCUCUCGAGGCAUUAAAGAUAAUCAAUGUAAAAAUUCAAAUAAAAUCGAUCAAAGUUAAUUCGAGUUACCUCUUCAAAUUAAUUGUCCUGCCCAUUGUAACCUAUGUUUGAGACCAAUGUGUGGACAUGGCUGUGUGAGUAGCGUGCCUGUAUCUCUCACAGAACUAAAAUGAGAUUUGCUUUCUAUAAUCUCUCUCCUUCUCUCUGCUCUGAUAGACAUGAGCCUGCAACGCUCAUCUCUCCAGUGUUGCACUUCAUCAUUUAUUUUUUUAUCAAAUCAAAUCACAUCAAAUGUUAUUUUUCACAUGCGCCGAAUAUGACCGUGAAAUGCUUACUUACAAGCCCUUAACCAACAAUGCAGUUUGAACCCUCCCGUUGUCCUAGGGUCAAAAUGACCCGCCACUGUGUUGAACCAACUUUAUUUAAUUUUUAUAUUUUUUGGAUCAUUUGUGAGAAGGAGGCAGUGAUACUUUCUUUAAAGUCUCACUGCCUCCUUCUCACAAAUGAUCCCCAAAAUAUAAAAAUUAAAUAAAGUUGGUUCAACACAGUGGCGGGUCAUUUUGACCCUAGGACAACGGGAGGGUUAAGAAAAAAGAGUUAAGAAAAUAUUUACUAAAUAAACUAAAGUAAUAAAAUAACAAUAACGAGGCUAUAUACAGGGGUACCGGUACCGAGUCAAUGUGCGGGGUACAGGUUAGUUGAGGUUUAGCCGCGCGAAACCGAGCUGCAGCACCCCUGAUAAAUGUAAAUACAUUUGCCAAAGUUAUAGAGUAACUGCUGUCUGUUCAGAUUUGUUUUUAUAUAUUUCAGAAUAGCCUACUACACCAUGAAAAUGCUGAAAAUUUAGCCACAGAGGAACAAUAGCAUGAAAUGCGUUUAUAAAAGGCCACAUUUUUCCCGGACCCUAGGCUACUAAAAUGUUCCUCAUGUGUAAGUGCCUCUACUCUGUGCUCUAUGCCUCUACGCUAAUGUGAUGAUAUGCAUGCAAUGGUUUUUUAUAAGAGGAUUUUUUUUAAUGCGUUCCGGUGCCUCAGAGCUCCCCAGGUCACCCCGCUCUGGCGCUCACUUUUUGUUCCGGCACCUCCCGAUUUACAAAUGAAGCACUGGCCCCUUUAAAUGUGGUCCUUGUGUUAAAACAUAAUGGAGCUAUGCCCUUUAUUAGGUGUCGUUGUGAACAAUAGCCAUGUCAAGAUGUUACAUCUAAUCAUCUUAUUGGCCAAUUAUUGUUUGAUUUUGCGUAUUUCGAUAGAGUGCUUGGUAGUUAGAUGCCAUUUGUGUGCCGUAGGUUUCUGCUUGGUCACAGUUCAAAUCCCCUCCUCUCUCUCUCUCUCUCUCUCUCUCUCUCUCUCUCUCUCUCUCUCUCUCUCUCUCACGCUCUCUCUCUUCCUCUGGGCAUGGUUGGAUCUCUGUGUUAUAGUUUGGUUCUGUGAGAGGAUGGUGAGGCUCUUGAGGGACAUUGUGAUUUUGGUUCCUAGCAGUUGGUACAGCUAAUUUGAUGCUGGCAGAUCAUUUUGUGCUUGGACUGUAUUAUGGAGGAAUGUCCAAAGUAUAUCUCACAGUGUACCAGGGAGGGAGGGAGGGAGGGAGGGAGGGAGGGAGGGAGGGAGGGAGGGAGAGAGAGAGAGAGAGAGAGAGAGAGAGAGGAGAGAGAGAGAGGGAGCGAGAGAGGGAGGGAGGGAGGGAGGGAGGGAGAGAGAGAGAGGAGAGAGGAGAGAGAGAGAGAGGGAGGAGGGAGGGAGGGAGGGAGGGAGGGAGGGAGGGGGAGCGAGAGAGAGAGUGAAUGCAGUAGUGAGAAAGAGAAUGGAAGGGUGAGAUGGAGUGAGAUAUGGGGAGAGGGAGAGAGAGAGGGCGAGGGAGAGGGAGAGAGAGGGAGAGGGAGAGAGAGAGGGAGAUCAAAUUUGAGGUUCACUGGGAAAAAUAUAGAUGAAAGAUAUCCCUAGCUAGAGAGAUGUCGCUGUGUUGACAUAUACAUUUUAGUCAUUUAGCAGACGCUCUUAUCCAGAGCGACUUACAGUUAGUGAGUGCAUAUAUUUUUCAUACUGGUCCCCCGUGGGAAUCGAACCCACAACCCUGGCGUUGCAAGUGCCAUGCUCUACCAACUGAGCUACAGGAUGCAAAGUAAGGUUUGCCAGGUUCAUGCAAACCUGUGUUCAAUGUUAUUUUUCCCUCCAUAGUAACAAGGUUGUGGUGACGGUUGUGGUGACAAAUCCGCCCCACUGGUUUGUUGUUAUUCAUACCUACAGUAACAGAAACAGAAACACAUCUUUGUAGGAUCAUCCAACUGUUUGCAUUACUCACAUUUCACCACUAGAUGCCAGUAUAGGCAUGUGGACUUGUGAUGGGAAAAGGAUCAUAACCAGGCAGUUUAUGUACUGUAUGAGCUAAGGUUUUUACAACUUAGUCGUUUUAAUGCAAGCCUGAAUUAGAAUGUGCUAUUUUUUAAAAACGUUUUUGAGUACAAUCAUAUUUUCUUUAUUUAUUUAGACAUUCUGUUUGAAGAAUGGGUAACUUAGCCUGUAAGAUGACUUGGCAUUUUCUCAACCCGCUGUCUCUCUUCUUGCUUUGUCUGUCUCUGUCUCUGUCUCUGUCUCUGUCUCUGUCUCUAUGUCUGUCUCUGUCUCUGUCUCUGUCUCUGUCUCUGUGUCUGUCUGUCUCUUUGUCUGUCUGUCUCUGUCUCUAUGUCUGUCUCUGUCUCUGUCUCUGUCUCUGUCUCUAUGUCUGUCUCUGUGUCUGUCUCUGUGUCUGUGUAUGUCUCUGUGUCUGUCUGUCUCUUUGUCUGUCUGUCUCUGUGUCUGUCUCUGUGUCUGUCUGUCUCUUUGUCUGUCUGUCUCUGUGUCUGUCUCUGUGUCUGUCUCUGUCUCUGUCUGUCUCUUUGUCUGUCUGUCUCUGUGUCUGUCUCUGUGUCUGUGUCUGUCUCUGUCUCUGUGUCUGUCUGUCUCUUUGUCUGUCUGUCUCUGUGUCUGUCUCUGUGUCUGUCUCUGUGUCUGUCUGUCUCUUUGUUUGUCUGUCUCUGUGUCUGUCUCUGUGUCUGUCUGUCUCUUUGUCUGUCUGUCUCUGUCUCUGUCUCUGUCUCUGUCUCUGUCUCUGUGUCUGUCUCUUUGUCCAUGUACCUGUAUCUACUGGACUGUCCUCACCUGUUGGGUCUGGUUCUGAGUUCUGAAUUCUGAGUUCUGAAUUCUGAGUUCUGCUCUCCCCCUCAGUUCCGCUUCAGUUCUGGAGGAGACUCUGGACAGAAGGGACCUCAGGUGUCUGCUCAGGAGGCCCAGAUGCAAGCCAUCAUGCAACAAGCUAGGGUAAGGGUUACACCCACAAGUGCAUACGCAUGUACACACACACAAACACACAAGUGCAUACACACACAUGCACACACACACCAUUUUGUACCUCUCUAACUGUACCUCUCUAACCGUUUUCUCUCUCCAGCUGGCGAUGCGUGGUCCUACUGGCCCUAUGGGUUUGACUGGUAGAUCUGGCCCUCUGGUACGUACCAAAGUCUUCCUCAGUCUCCUCACACACACACACACACACACACACACACACACACACACACACACACCUGUCGCAUACACAGCCUGAGGAGAAUAACUUAUUAUUGUGCUCAUAGUUGAUAAGAUCCUAUUAUAAUUGUAAUGCAGAUGCUACAACAAUAAUAGUGUUUGGAUCUGAGUCUACCGUGACCUUAUUGUGUUUGUCCUCCUCCCAGGGUUCUCCAGGUGUGGCUGGACUGAAGGGAGAUUCUGGAGAGUCCGGUCCUCAGGUAAGACAGAUGGAAGUUUCUAGACCACUAGAACCACUGGAACUGUUCUCCUGUAAUCUCCAGCCCAAGUUCAGGGCUCUGCUAUAAACGCAAUUUACUUGGGUUCUUUUGUUAGGGUUAUUUUGUUGGGGUUCUGUGGUAAUAUUCUCUUGUUGGAUUCUCCAGUAACAUUCUUCUUUCUUACAGGGACCUCGAGGACCCAUGGGUUCUCAUGGACCCUCUGGGAAGCCUGGCAGAAGGGUAAGUGUGAAUGGGAGUCUUGCAUGGAUAUUUAAAAAAAAAUACAAUUUAAGUUUGGCGUGCAGAUUAGGAUAGUUUGGGCCUCCCGAGUGGCGCAGUGGUCUAAGGCACUGCAUCACAGUGCUUGAAUCACAGUGCUUGAGGUGUUACUACAGACCCUGGUUCAAAUCCAAGCUGUGUUGUCACCGGGAGUCCCAUUGAGUGGCGCACAAGAGGGUUUGGCUGGGGGGGCUUUACUUGGCUCAUCGUGCUCUAGCGAGUCUUGUGGUGGGCUGGGUGCCGACCGGCUGACUCCGGUCGUUGGUUGAAAGGUGUUUCCUCUGACACAUUGGUGUGGCUGGCUUCCUGGUUAAAUAAAUAAAAAUUAGAAUUGUGCCCUUCAGAAAGUAGGGUGAAGCGGGUGUAACUGUUGAUGGGUGUUGUAACAUCUUUCAUCUGUUUUUCCAGGGACGUGCUGGUUCUGAUGGAGCCAGAGGCAUGCCUGGUCAGACCGGAACCAAGGGAGACAGAGGGUUUGAUGGUUUGGCUGGACUGCCUGGUGAGAAGGGACACAGAGUAAGUCACGUUGUUGUUGUUUUUCAGCUCCGUUGUAUUAUGCCGGUGUUUGGAUGUCUUUUUUUGUGUGUACGUCCCACUGAUCUUCUGUCUGUCCUUUAGGGUGAAGCUGGACCCCAUGGACCUCCCGGACCCACAGGAGAGGAUGGAGAGAGAGUAAGUACCACCACUCAACCUCCAUCUCUUAUCAUCCCUACCCAGUUUCUUUCUCUCUCUAUUUCUUAAUCUUCCCACUCUGUGUGUGUAUGUGUCCAUACGUCAGCACAUCAGUAUGGUGUGUGUGUGUGUGUUUCUAUGUGUGUGAUGUGUAUGAUUUGUCAGUGUGUGAUCUAAGUGUCUGCCAUCUGUCAUGUAGAUGAGCCUUCUCCUCACACUCUCCAUCUCAUUUUGACACCCCCAUAUCACUCCAUCACCUGGCCCAAUCACUACAUUCCCGUCCUUUCCUCCUUUCACACCUCCCCUUUCCCUUUCCCUCUCUCCUAUACUCCAAAUUCCCACUUCCUGUUCUGACCAUGUCACUUCCUGUUUCCAGGGAGACGAUGGAGAGAUCGGGCCACGGGGUCUGCCUGGUGAGCCAGUAAGUGUUUUGUUAUGAUGUCUAUCCCCUUACUUACUGUACAACUCAAUAAAGCAUGUGUUGACAUAUACAUUCUGGAUUCAGAUCCAUACAUGGAGUCCAGUUUAUGGUAUAUGUACAGAGUUUUUUUUUUACACAGGUUUAGUAACUAGGUAGCCUAGACCCUAUAUAUGAAUCCCAGAGGGUGAGAAGCCCAUAGAUUCCUCUUGUUCACAGUCUACUCUCCUCACGGCUGGUAGACAAGCUUCCCUUCCUCUCUGACAGGAUUUAUCCUGAGGAGAGGAGGAACAAAACAGGCAGAGAGAAAACGAGUUAGAGAAAGAAAAAGUCUGGGAGAGCAUCAUUAUUGAUAGAUUGUGUGGUGCAGUAUUUCAGACAGACCACCAGGGGGUGGUACACCACUGGUUUUCUGAGAUACACUAGCUGUGAGAGGAAGGGGCACUGAGUCACGGCACUGAGAUAAACACUGUGUGAUAGACACAGCAGUGAAGAGAAUAGACAUCAAGAAUAGUGAAAUCAAUCUAUGAUGGUACAGAAAGAUUCAAGAAGCCUCAAGCACACUUUAGAUGAAAAUCCAUUAUUCAUUGUUGUCACAAGCUAUUUUAUUAACAUCAUAUAUUUACAUUUAACGAACAUUCUAUAUUUAUUUGAUAACUUUUGAAAUGGAUCAUGGCAUUGAUGUUGGCAUUUUGAUGUAUUUCUCUCUCUCCAGGGACCUCGUGGUUUGCUGGGACCAAAGGGACCUCAGGGACCUCCCGGACCCCCUGUACGUUUAGAACACACACACACUUUCCUUUCACACACAGUUCAGACAGAGAUUCAGCAGUAUUGAAUUGCAUUUCUCCAGCUCAUAGCAACACCAACAAAAGACUAAUGACACCCAUAGGUAAAUAACACAUCCAGUAUCUACAGUACAUAGGUAAAUAACACAUUCAGUAUCUAUAGUACAUAGGUAAAUAACACAUACAGUAUCUAAAGUACAUAGGUAAAUAACACAUCCAGUAUCUACAGUAUAUAGGUAAAUAACACAUCCAGUAUCUACAGUACAUAGGUAAAUAACACAUCCAGUAUCUACAGUACAUAGGUAAAUAACACAUCCAGUAUCUACAGUACAUAGGUAAAUAACACAUACAGUAUCUAAAGUACAUAGGUAAAUAACACAUCCAGUAUCUACAGUACAUAGGUAAAUAUCACAUCCAGUAUCUAAAGUACAUAGGUAAAUAACACAUCCAGUAUCUACAGUACAUAGGUAAAUAACACAUCCAGUGUCUACAGUACAUAGGUAAAUAACACAUCCAGUGUCUACAGUACAUAGGUAAAUAACACAUCCAGUGUCUACAGUACAUAGGUAAAUAACACAUCCAGUAUCUAAAGUACAUAUGUAAAUAACACAUCCAGUAUCUAAAGUACAUAGGUAAAUAACACAUCCAGUAUCUACAGUACAUACAUCAGAUGAUAAGAAAGGUUAUGGCUGUAAAUAUGAAACUGUUUAUGUCCGUCACUUUAACUUCUCUACAUCAUUUGGACUUGAGGGAAAUCUCCCCUUGUUCCAAUAUGAUGUUUCCUGAUAAAGGUAAUUGAUAUGGUAAAGUACACUGAGAAGAUUGCAGCCUGUAUCUACAGUGUAUAUGUCAGUCUAUCCCUGAGGCACUCCCCAUGUCUGAGGCACUCCCCAUGUCCUUGUCAGUAUUCUCUUUGUGUUCAGCUGAGUGUAUGGCUUCAUGUAUUAAGUAGAGGCUUCAUCUCAUCUGAUGGUGUGUUGCAGGGUGUGACUGGAAUGGAUGGCCACCCUGGACCCAAAGGAAACAUUGUAAGUACUGAUAACGCCCAGCUAAGGACUGUUCUUAGGCACGGUGCAAAGCAGAGUAGUAGUGUGACUACUCCACACACACCAUUUGCAUCUGACGUAUGCCUCACACACAUUCUCUCCAUCCCCGACUCUUAACACUAUCACACCAUUUCUUCCCCUUCAUUCCAGUCUAUUUUCCCAUCCAAUGCACACUAUUGUUUCAAGACUCAUUUACUCACUCACACACUUCCACACUCACACACUUCCACACUCACACACUUCCUCACUCUGAAUACUCUCUUGCCCUCUAAUGAAGAAUAGACUGAGUGUAUUGAGUCCUGUGAGAGUCCAGUCCUCCGUGGCUGUCUCAGUUAUUCCGGGUCCAUUUUGUGGGAGCGGUGUGUCCGUAAUGAGAGAAUGCCUGGCUGGAGCAGACAGUGUCUCCACUGGGAAUGCUCCAAUUAGAGAGAGAGAUGGAAUAUCCACAGUCUUUUCCCAGCCGCUGCGAACAGGGAACAUAAUUGAUUGUCUAUUAUCUCGGAAGCGAGGCAUUUGCGUUUGAGUUUGAGGUUCAGCAGUUUCUUUCAUUAGGAAAGUGAGUGUGUGUGUCUGUGUGUGUGUGUGUGUGUGUGUGUAAUGUUCCCUCCAGCUAGAAAAGGCUACAAAAACACAGUAAGUUAUAGCCUGUCUGCGUGUUACAAAGUAAUAAUGUAGUGAUACUGACUCAAUAUAAAGGCCCCUCAGUACACUGCAUUCCUAGUCUCCCAUCUUUUACCUCUUCAAUCUACUCUGUCCUUUGUACUAUGUGUAUCAGUCCUAGUGUAAGGGUUAGUCUAAUGUCCUGUGGAUGAAUGUAACCAAGGUGUUUUCUCCUUAAUAGGGACCACAAGGAGAACCUGGCCCCAAUGGACAGCAAGGGAACCCUGGUGCUCAGGUCAGUGUGAUGUUAUGAUCCCUCUUGGGCAGGUUAUGAGAUUGUGGCCUUCAUUUGGUUGGUCAUUGUAUGGUCAUGCCCAAUCUUCCCUCAAAUCUUCUGCCGUGCGUUUACAGUGAACACUGAGGCUGUACCCUUACAGUUUUAGACAGUAGGCAAUAGGCUAUUGUGGCUUUUUGAGUAUAAUGUAGGCCUGCCAACAAAACCAAUGGCGCAAAUCCCAUAACAUUUUCACAUGGAAAUAGAUUUUGAUUUCUAUGAUAUAGUCUACAGUAGCCUAUAUGUGGUGUUCAAUGAAGGCCUACAUUGCAUGAGACUUUAAAAAACCUUUUUACAUUAUGAAGGGCUUGACAUUAAUUGAUGAUUUUUUACUUGGUCUGUAACACAAUGGGCCAAAUAGGUGCCUGUAAAUUGCAUUGUAUUGUGUUGUAUGAUGCAAGAAACCACUUUACAAAAUAAAAUGUAUUAGUAUUACCAUAUAGAGAAUUAGACAAUGUAGGCAACCCCUCUGCCUAUUGGCUUAUUUGCAUAUUCAAGCCUGUCUCAAAAUACAACACUGCCCCUUUAAUUAAGACAUAAGCUUUUUACCUGACUGGUUUUUCAAAGACAGCUUGAAAUGUAGCCUACACAUUUUGUGCUCUUGUAGGAAGCAGUAACUCCCCAUUGCUGACCUAUACUUAUCUAUAACCCAGCUAAUAACUCGGUAACUAGCAAAGAAGAUCAACAAAUGUGCACACCACCCUGCGGUCUGAUCUGAACUGAUCUGAAAAGCGCAUUCACUGUCAGGUGAUUGAAAGACUGCACUUGGGCUACCCCCGCCAAUAGAAUUCUACUCCGUUGCACUCUGGCUCUGCCUACAACAAAAUCACAGACUCAAUCUUGCAAAGUUAGAUUUGUUUUGGAUUGUUGUAUUGAAAAGGGGCUGAUAUAAUGUUGAUUCGAUCACAGAAAAAACGUUGAUCUCUAUAGGCCGUCAUUGUAAAUAAGAAUUUGUUCUUAACUGACUUGCCUAGUUAAAUAAAGGUAAAAUAAAUAUAGUGCUCUUGCGUCUCUGCGCGGCAUAGCAUUUCUUCUGUGCGGCAUAGCAUUUCUUCUGCGCGGCAUAGCAUUUCUUCUGCGCGGCAUAGCAUUUCAUCUGCGCGGCAUAGCAUUUCUUCUGCGCGGCAUAGCAUUUCAUCUGUGCGGCAUAGCAUUUCUUCUGCGCGGCAUAGCAUUUCUUCUGCGCGGCAUAGCAUUUCAUCUGCGCGGCAUAGCAUUUCUUCUGCGCGGCAUAGCAUUUCUUCUGCGCGGCUGUCCUUGAGCAAGUGCGCAACGUAAAGGGAACAUUGGUCAUGCCGACUAUGACACGUUGAUGUUGGACCAUUGGUUGGAUUGUCUGUUCCUGUUUCAUCCCCCAAUUAAUUUAUACUGACAAUGUCCUUCCUCUCUCUCUCUCUACAGGGACUUCCAGGUCCUCAGGGAGCCAUCGGGUCCCCAGGAGAGAAGGUACGGGCCCUGGCCACUCGAACACAUACCUACACCAUGAUGGGAUGUGAGCAGUAUUGUGGCUCCCCUGUUUAUGUGAGUCUGUUGUCUUCUCUGUUCUAUCUCUAACUUCCUCUUUCUCCUCCUCUGCUCUCCUCAGGGUCCUACUGGAAAACCAGGACUGGCAGGAAUUCCAGGAGCUGACGGACCCCCGGUAAGUGAAGAAACACACUCCCGAUCACACACACUCCCCACCUUCUCGCAGAGAACACCUGUGCUAUUUCCAGGUGGGCCUUGGAAGAUGCAGGUGAGAGAGAGAGAGAGAGAGAGAGAGAGAGAGAGAGAGAGAGAGAGAGAGAGAGGAGAGGAGGACCCAACCCAGACCCAAACCAAAUCAUGAGAAAACAAAAAGAGAAUUACUUGACACAUUGGAAAGAACAAACAAAAAAACAGAGCAAACUAGUAGGACUAUUUGGGCCCUAAACAGAGGUACACAGUGGCAGAAUACUUGACCAUGGGACUGACCCAAACUUAAGGAAAGCUUUGACUAUGUUUCAGACUCAGUGAGCAUAGCCUUGCUAUUGAGAAAGGCCGCCGUAGGCAGACCUGGCUCUCAAGAGAAGACAGGCUAUGUGGCACACUGCCCACAAAAUGAGGUGGAAACUGAGCUGCACUUCCUAACCUCCUGCCAAAUGUAUGACCAUAUUAGAGACACAUAUUUCCCUCAGAUUACAGCGAUCCACAAAGAAUUCGAAAACAAAUCCAAUUUUUAAAUAAACUCCCUUAUCUACUGGGUGAAAAACCACAGUGUGCCAUCACAGCUGCAAGAUUUGUGACCUGUUGUGCCACAAGAAAAGGGCAACCAGUGAAGAACAAACACCAUUGUAAAUACAACCCCAUAUUUAUGUUCAUUUAUUUUCCCAUUUGUACUUUAACUAUUUGCACAUUGUUACAAAAAACUGUAUAUAUACAUAAUAUGACAUUUGAAAUGUCUUUAUUCUUUGGAACUUCUGAGUGUAAUGUUACUGUUAAUAUUUAUUGUUUAUUUCACUUUUGUUUACUAUUUUACUUCACUUGCUUUGGCAAUGUUAACAUACGUUUCCCAUGCCAAUAAAGCCCUUAAAUUGAAAUUGAAUUGAAUUGAAUGGAAGAGAGAGAGAAUGGAAGAGAGAGAUAGCCAGAUGAGAGCAGCGUCUGUCGCUGUAUUCCCCCACGAUUCUCUACUGGCUUUGAUAUGUUUGUGGAGUGGUAUUACCACACGAGUGUUACCUCACUGGUGUUACCACACUGGUGUUACCUCACUGGCAUUACCACUCUCUCCUUUCAUCUCCCUUCUUCUAGUAUCUGCCUCUUAGUCUCCAUACACCCCUCUCUCUCCCUCUCUCUCCCUCUCUCUCCCGCUCUCUCCCACUCUCUUCCCCUCUUUCUUCUGUCGACUUCUAUUUUCUGCCUCUUGAGAAUCCAUCCCUCCAUCCAUCCCCCUCUCUCUCUCUCUCUCUCUCUCUCUCUCUCUCUCUCUCUCUCUCUCUCUCUCUCUCUCUCUCUCUCUCUCUCUCUCUCUCUCUCCUUUCUGAAACCGUAUCAGCUGACAUUGCACAGCUCUCUUAUCUCAAGGGAACACAAUCAACUUACCUCAACUCUUUUUUACUCGACAUGCUAAGUGGUUUGUGUGUAUUUGUGUGUGUGUGCACACCCGCGUUUGUGUGUGUUCUUCCAGGAGUAUUGAGACUGAAAGCCCUUGUCUUUAAGAGGUUCUACAAUAGACCAUAGUGCUUGUAUAACGCUGGGCAUUAAGGAGAUAUCCCAAAUGAGAUUGAACUCUGAAGGCUUUUAUUCCAAAUGGCCUUUUUCACUAUCGUACAUCCUGGUAUGAUUUUACACCUUAAUAAUCCCUGUGUAAUAGUGGUGUAGUAUUUAUGAUCUAGUGCUAAUUAUCCCAGGACCACCAUUAAUGUUGCUGUUAAUAAUUCACAGGGUCACCCUGGCAAGGAAGGACCCAACGGAGAGAAAGGACAUUUGGUAAGUUUCUCUCUCUUUAUGGGUAUUAUGUUGUUGUUCAUUGUCUUUUUUAUCAGGAUCUGUUUAUCAGGAUCUGUAAUCAGGAUCUGUUUAUCAGGAUCCUUUUGUCUUUUACUUUACAUUUACAUUUACAUUUACAUUUUAGUCAUUUAGCAGACGCUUAUGCUCUCUCUCUCUCCUCUCUCUCUCUCUCUCUCUCUCUCUCUCUCUCUCUCUCUCUCUAUCUCGCUAUCUCUUGCUAUCUCUCUCUAUCUUGCUAUCUCUCGCUAUCUCUCUCUAUCUCGCUAUCUCUCUCUAUCUCGCUAUCUCUCUGUCUCUCUCUCUCUCUCUCUCUCCUCUCUCCCCCUCUCUCUCUCUAUCUAUUUAUCUCUCUCUCUCUCUCUCUCUGUAUCUCUCUCUCUUCUUCCCUCAUUCUUUCUCACUCACUAUAUUUCUCUCAAUCUUCACAUACAUUUGCAUAUUUCAUUUACAUUAAUGUAAAUGACUCUCUGUUACAAGCAUCUCUCCACGCUUUUAUCUUCCUCCAGGGUCCUGCAGGCCCUCAAGGCCCAAUCGGUUAUCCUGGGCCCCGAGGCGUGAAGGUGAGUUUUACGCCCCAGUGUCUCAUCCACCCACAGGCUUAAUUCACUCCUAAUACACUUCCUUUCCUGAAGGUCACAUGGUAUCAGUGUAACUCUCCCAUUGGUCUGGUCUGUCAUUAGGUAAAACAGUCUAAUCCUCAGUCCCUCUGUCUUUUUUAAAAUGCCAACGUGAAAGUAGAACAUAGAACUGAAAUUGCACUUUGUAUGCAAUGAAAUGGGCCUAGUUUGCGAUUAUAUUAUGACAUUUCAUACUCUGUGUGUGGACCAGACCUAUUUUUUAAACGAGUAGGAUUUUAACUGAACAAAACCCAUCUGUGACAUGCAGAUAGUCAAUAUUAGAGCAAAUCAUAAACCUGGUUUCCCCUAAUUACAUUAUGUUACCAGAAGUACUUAAUUAGGCUAAUAUAUACACACGAUGAGUGGCUAACCCAACACAGUUAGAGUAGUUAGAAAUCAUUGAUUAACUGUUGAUGCUAAUCUAUGUAAAGCUCAUAACUCAGUUGAGAGACUGGGCUGGUGGGCCGGGUGGGUGAGAUAAGGAAGCAGGGCUGUAGCCUCAGCUCCCUCUCUACAGCCCUGGGAGUGAUCACACUGCUUCUUGAUCCUCACUAAUGACUAGCUGAUUUAAAGUAGAGAAACAUGUAGGCUAGAGGACUCACAUCAAAUGGCCCUUGCAGAGAGGGGUUAAGGGGCCAAAUUAAUUACACCACCCACUGACUGUUUGUGUGAGGCUGGUGCAUGAUUAUGGUUCAUGGCUCUUGGUGUGUGCUCUCUAAAGCUCUUAUCCUCUGAUAGUCUCUGUGUUUCAGAGAGAACAGGCUCUGUGACUGUCGCUGGUUUAAUGAAAGUACAGUCAAUGUAUAUGCGAUAAAAGAUAGCUAUAGGUCACCAUCAAUUCUGCUCCUAUACUAUAAAGUUCCACCACAGUAUAAUAGCUUAGAGCUCCUAUAGAGAUCAUAUUAACUUUAUUUAUAGAGCAUGAGAAAUUGCAAACUUAGUUAUCAUUCAGCCUUAGUUGAAAGUGUGUUAAUAUUUGUAGCUUUCAGCUCCUGUUCAGAGUGUUAAUGCUAAUGAAGCCCCAGUUGGUAGUGUCUGGUUGAUGUUCUAUUGCCCUAAAGUGGAGUGUGCCCCAGAACAGAAUGUUCGAAAAUAAAGAGAUCUCGACAGACGAGUACUAGAGGCGCAGAGAUCAUAGCUACGCAGAGCAUAUGCUAAUACGUCCAGAUCUCUACUCUCUAUCAGCGAUUCUCUCGUAAGCUACUCUCUCUCUAUAUGCUCUCUUCUCUCUCUCUUCUCUCUCUCUCUCUCUCUCUCUGUUCUUCUAUCUCUCUACCAUGAGGAGCCGACGGUGUACGAGGCCUGAAAGGAGGAAAGGGUGAAAAGGUAAGAAAUAGUGUGUGUGUCUCUGUGUCUGAUCUAUCUCUGUUGUUAGUGGUCAUAUAAAAUGUGUCGGCCAUAUGUGGUGAUGAUGAAUAUAGUGAUGAUGAUGAUUUUGAUAAUAAGGAUGAAGGUGAUUGUGGUGAUGAUGAUUAUGAUGAUGAUGAUGGUGAUGAUGAUGAUUAUGAUGAUGAUGAUGAAGGUGAUUGUGAUGAUGAUGAUAUGAUGGUGAUGAUGAUGAUGAUUAUGAUUGAUGAUGAAGGUGAUUGUUGUGAUGGUGAUGAUGAUGAUGAUAAGAAUGAUAAGAAUGAUGGUAUACGUUGCCAAUUCACAUAAAUAUCAGGCUAGCCUACUAUUAUUUGGGAAAAAAUAAGAUCUAGAGUUUCUAUGGCAACACGGACAGCCAAAAGCAAUGUUACAGCUAUGUGUGUGUGUGAUGUGUGCAUAUGUGUUUGUGAAUGCCUUUGUGAGGGCGGAUAUGGCUUUUCACUACUCUCCAAAAUGAAUUACCACAUUCUCAAUACCUUUUCUUUCUCCCCCUCCUCCUUUCUUUCUUUCACUCAGGGAGAAGAUGGAUUCCCUGGCUUCAAAGGAGAUAUGGGAAUCAAGGGUGACAGGGUGAGACAUUUAUCUUUUGUUCAGGUUUUUGUCAAAUGCCGUCAACUAUAUCUGGACGUCUCAGAACACAUUUAUAUCCAACACAGUAUAAGGAAAUGUAUUCCAUCAUCUGUGAGUUCAAUCUGUCAGGGAUUUAGUGUGCCUUUGAUAGGCUUAUGAUGAAGGGUACAAUAAAACCCAGUUUGACUUUGAAAAAUGGGCAAAAAAGUCCUUAGAGAAAAAACAGUAAGCUAGUUGUCAUUGGCUGAUGAUUUUGGCCAGUGCAGAGUUGAUCCUAAGUCCUCUGGUCCCAUGGGAGGUGACCUUUACUUAAACUGGUCGAUGGUAUUGAUCCCCUACUGUCUGUCUGCCCCCCCCCCCUCCUCUCGAUUGACCUGAAGUCAUUGUGGAAUUAUGGGUAAUGAGCAAACACUGACUGUGACUGUCUUUGUUACCAGCUCUGGCAAGUGAGAGUUUGUGUGUUUGUGUGUGUACGUGUGUGUGUGUGUGUGUGUGUGUACGUGUGUGUGUGUGUGUACAUGCGUGUGUGUGUGUGUGUUUGGGUAUGUGUGUGUCUUCCUCUCAAUCAAACACCCUCCACCUUUCUCUCAAUCCCCCUCUUCCAUCUCUCCAAUUACCUCUUGACGUCUAUCCGACCUCUCUGAGACUAACAGGACAGAAAAACUGGCAUGUAAACCCAGAAAUAGAAUCCCUCUCCAAACUAACUGCGUCAGUCAGAGAUUAACUUUAGACUUUUCAAGUCACCUUAAAACCCCUUCAACAGGAGUAGCUCUGGCCCUUACUUCAAACACAACACCCUCAAUCCUGACCAGGCCCUCUUUAGAGGAGUGGAGAGAUAGAGAGACAUAGAGGGAGAGAGAGAGAGAUAGAGGAGAAAAUCGAUGAGGAGCUUUAAACCCCUUCAAAACGGAGAGAGAGAACAAGACAAGGGGCUUCAGUCUGUCUUCCUCUGGAGAUGUAGCAGCCUCUGAUGAAAGAGAGGAGAGAUGGGGGAUUUGAGAGAAGGGGAUUUGGGAGUAGGGGAAGAGAGGAGGAUUUGGGAGUGGGGGAAGAGAGUAGGAUUUGGGAGUGGGGGAAGAGAGGAGGAUUUGAGUGGGCCCUGUGUUUGGGAGGAGAGGAGGCAGGAGGCGCCCAGCAUGGACCGGAAUCUGAAUGUCUGCCUGUGUUGCAUGCUUAUGAGUGUGUGUUGCAUGCUUAUGAGUGUGCGUGUUAGAGAGAGAGAGUCUGCUUAAUGAGCUUUUUAGCAUGAGUUGGUGUGUGAGUGUUGAGCUGGAAGAGAGAGUUUCUGUGAUGACUUUGUGUGUGUGUGUGUGUGUGUGCAUACUGUAUGUAAGUGACUCUAUUCGUGUGAUUGAGUGCAAGUGUGUGUGUGCCUGCGAGUGUGUGUGUGUUACGGCGAGUGUACGUGGUCCGUUCACGGUCCUCUGGGUCGGCGCGGUAGUGGCUGGUUGUCAGAGCCAGUUUAUACCCUGCUGUUUAGAGACGUGCUGUGCACUGCCUUGUAGCAACCUUAGUGCCACUAACCCACCAGAGGAUUAACACACUUUAAGGCAAUAAAAUGCUUCUUAUAUCACACAGUCAGCUUGACAGACAGACAGACAGACAGACAGACAGCAGCCUCAGGAGCCUCAUUUGAUUCAUUAACCAGCUACAGAGCAUCAGAGACUGACCUGCUACACACUCUGUCUGAAGGACUUGGAGGAGCAGGUGUCAUAACUGAAAUAGUGACUGGAACAAACUGGUGUCACUGCCUGAAACAGUGACUGAAUGAAACGAUGUGAGGAUGAAAUGGUUUCAUGACUGAAAAAGUCAAGAAGGCUGGUAUUGCAUUUUGCUGGGCCCGAGAGAGCAGGUGUUAUGACUAAACAGUGACUGAAAUGAUCUGAGGAUGGAAGUGCAGUCUGAAGGCCUGGACCUGUUGAGAGCAUGGCUCUUUGAUGUGGCAUGACACAAAACAUCAAGAUAGAAGAUACGGUAUGACUCGAUAAGUAAAUCAACAACAUGGAAUGCCACAAUACGUGAUUCUAGGAUAUGAUACAACAUGAUACUCUGAGAAAUAGUAUGACGCUAUAUGAGAUGCCCCUGAACAACCUGGUUAUGUGUGUUUUCGUAGGGUGAGCUGGGACCUGCUGGACCCAGAGGAGAGGACGGACCUGAGGGGCCCAAGGGUCGCUCCGGUCUCCCUGGAGAUGCUGGCCCUCUUGGACCCAACGGUGAAAAGGUGAGUCGUCUUUGUCCAUGUGACCAGCUCCUCAUACUUUAAAAAGGCCAUUAUUCUUGUGAUCAAAUCUCUGUUAAGUUACAUGGAACUGAAGAUGAGGACGAAACACCACCGCUCAACUUCUCCCCUUUCGCUAAUCAAUGGCUGUAUCUAUAGACCAAAUCUACCUGCCACCUGCUCUUAAACUGUACAGUCGUGGUCAAAAGUUUUGAGAAUGACACAAGUAAUGGUCUUCACAAAGUUUGCUGCUUCAGUGUUUUUUAGAUAUUUUUGUCAGAUGUUACUAUGGUAUACUGAAGUAUAAUUACAAGCAUUCCAUAAGUGUCAAAGGCUUUUAUUGACAAUUACAUUAGGUUUAUGCGUCAAUAUUUGCAGUGUUGACCCUUCUUUUUCAAGACCUCUGCAAUCCGCCCUGGCAUGCUGUCAAUUAACUUCUGGGCCACAUCCUGACUGAUGGCAGCCCAUUCUUGCAUAAUCAAUGCUUGGAGUUUGUCAGAAUUUGUGGGGUUUUGUUUGCCCACCCGCCUCUUGAGGAUUGACCACAAGUUCUCAAUGGGAUUAAGGUCUGGGGAGUUUCCUGGCCAUGGACCCAAAAUGUCGAUGUUUUGUUCCCAGAGCCACUUAGUUAUCACUUUUGCCUUAUGACAAGGUGCUCCAUCAUGCUGGAAAAGGCAUUGUUCGUCACCAAACUGUUAUUGGAUGGUUAGGAGAAGUUGCUCUCUGAGGAUGUGUUGGUACCAUUCUUUAUUCAUGGCUGUGUUCUUAGGCAAAAUUGUGAGUGAGCCCACUCCCUUGGCUGAGAAGCAACCCCACACAUGAAUGGUCUCAGGAUGCUUUACUGUUGGCAUGACACAGGACUGAUGGUAGCGCUCACCUUGUCUUCUCCGGACAAGCUUUUUUCCGGAUGCCCCAAACAAUCAGAAAGGGGAUUCAUCAGAGAAAAUGACUUUACCCCAGUCCUCAGCAGUCCAAUCCCUGUACCUUUUGCAGAAUAUUAGUCUGUCCCUGAUGUUUUUCCUGGAGAGAAGUGGCUUCCUUGCUGCCCUUCUUGACACCAGGCCAUCCUCCAAAAGUCUUUGCCUCACUGUGCGUGCAGAUGCACUCACACCUGCCUGCUGCCAUUCCUGAGCAAGCUCUGCACUGGUGGUGCCCCGAUCCCGCAGCUGAAUCAAAUUUAGGAGACGGUCCUGGCGCUUGCUGGACUUUCUUGGGUGCCCUGAAGCCUUCUUCACAACAAUUGAACCUCUCUCCUUGAAGUUAUUGAUGAUCCGAUAAAUUGUUGAUUUAGGUGCAAUCUUACUAGCAGCAAUAUCCUUGCCUGUGAAGCCCUUUUUGUGCAAAGCAAUGAUGACGGCACAUGUUUCCUUGCAGGUAACCAUGGUUAACAGAGGAAGAACAAUGAUUUCAAGCACCACCCUCCUUUUAAAGCUUCCAGUCUGUUAUUCUAACUCAAUCAGCAUGGCAGAGUGGUCUCCAGCCUUGUCCUCGUCAACACUCUCACCUGUGUUAACGAGAGAAUCACUGACAUGAUGUCAGCUGGUCCUUUUGUGGCAGGGCUGAAAUGCAGUGGAAAUGUUUUUGGGGGGAUUAAGUUCAUUUUCAUGGCAAAGAGGGACUUUGCAAUUAAUUGCAAUUCAUCUGAUCACUCUUCAUAACAUUCUGGAGUAUAUGCAAAUUGCCAUCAUAAAAACUGAGGCAGCAGACUUUGUGAAAAUGUAUAUUUGUGUCAUUCUCAAAACUUUUGACCACGACUGUACAUGUUUAGGAAUGGUUGAUUUAUAACCAGUGAAACUCUGGAGUGACCUUAUUUACUGUUCAUUAAAACAAGGACACUUCUUUUUGAAGCUAUAAGACAUAAAUAUAUUUACUUUUCCCCAGUAGUGUCUCUCUCUACUCUCAUUAUGUAGUUGGGAAUCAGAAUAAUUUAAGAGUUUCUCUGGGGAGUUCUAUCUUAAGAAGUGGAACAUGGAGAGAGCCAGUUUCCUCUUCCCACGUCCCGCCCACGUCUAGCAGGACGAGGGUUUAAACAACAAAAAAUAUGGCUUCACAUUGGCCUGACCCAGAAUAGGGGGACUAGAGGAGAUAGAUUGAGGAUCAAAAGAGAUAGUACAGAGGAUUGUUUCAGUAAUACAGUACAGUACCCAUUACACACAACCAUAGUCACUCUAUAUGUAUGUUCAUGUAAAAAGGAAUUUAUAAAUAAAUCAAAAUUGAUUAUUGAUUGAUAUACAUACAGAACCGAUGUUGACUGUGUUCUGAUUUGCCUGGCCCACAGGGCAAACUGGGUGUUCCAGGGUUGCCAGGAUACCCAGGAAGACAAGGACCAAAGGUAUGUCCCCCUUUCCUCCACAGAUCCCUCUCUUUCUCUAUCUUUAAUACAGUGGAUGUUUCUGGGAGCCGCUUCUGAAGGGCCCUUGAUUGAACAUGGCGUUAGUGAUGACCUGAUCUGAUCUGACGGGCCAGCGGGGCAGCACUCUGAUGCAGGCGGGCGCAGGGCGAACAUAUUUGAACCUCCCUGAUCAAGGGAUUGUUUGAACCUCCCUGAUCUGUCUGACACCAAAAGGAAGGAUUUAGCCUUUUGGUGUCAGACAGACGCCCACUGCCCAGCCUCUACCUACAAUGCAUCACUGCUGCCUACAACAGAGCUUUUAUUUUACACCACUCAACAUCUUUAUUCCUCACGUUUGAUUAACCUGGGAUUUAAUCUCUUUCGCCUCUCUUUAUCUCUCUCUCUCUUUCUAUCGCUCUCUCCCUUUUUUUUCUCAACACAGGGAUCUCAGGGUUUCCAAGGUUUCCCCGGAGCCAACGGAGAGAAAGGAACAAGGGUACGUCAGAGAACAUUUCCUGUCAAAGUUUUAAUACUUAGUAUUUAGUAUUAGUUUCCUUAAGUUUCAAGUUAUAGUUGAAUACUGUAUCUACUCUACAUAACUAUAAAACAACCUACUGUGGAUGUGCGAGCCAGCUAAGUGCUUUUCAUUUUGUAGUUUUAGUAUUCUACCCACCCCUGAGAGGAUUGGAUCAAUACUGAAUCAGAUCAAUGGAGACAGGGUUUUUUCUCUCUCUAGUGCUACUUCAAAACACACAGGGAGUUUUAGUCAAAGGGAAGAAGAUUAAUCCAAGGACAAAAAUACAGUUGUAUUUCUUCUUCAUUACCAUCCUCACAUAAACUCAUUUUUAAGAGCAUUGAAAAGCGCCACAAAGGUAAUUUAUCAUAUUGUACGGUAGUUGCCGAAAUAUUUCAUUUUCUUUUAAAAGAGACGGGUCAUUAGUUUAGUCUGGAGAGUAAUGGUUUGUCACAAAGUGUAGAACGACGUACGGUACACAAGGCUUUUUAUCUUCUAUCACAGAAACAUGAGAAUUUAUGAGGCAGAACCCUUAACGCUCUGAUGUAGAGAGAUGGUCGAAACAUUUACAUUAGUUUCAUUGCUGUCAUUUGUAAAUCUAAAACCCACACAGUCAUAAUUCCAUUCUUUCUUCAUUUGACAUACAGUAAGGGAAUAUGGUCUCAUAUAGCGUUGUUUUCUAGAUCUACCUCAAUGGUCUCUCGCCCAACAACAGUUUAGGAUAUCUAAACCGAUUUAUCUACUUUCAUUAUCAAAAAUAAAUGUGCCUUUGUUCGCUCCUAUUAGACAGAGAAGAAGAAAGAGUCUUGCCAUAGAUAGAUGAAUACAUUGCAUAUACAUUUAAGUCAUUUAGCAGACACUCUUAUCCAGAGCGACCCAUAGUGAAGGUUGAAUGAGGAAUAGGUCUAAAUGUUAGUUUAAGUAGCCAUGGUGAUAGUGAGAAUGGGACUAAUCUAAUGAUUGCUACAGGUCUAGUUUAUCUGAUAGGUUAGAUAGGUCAGGGCAGUCUCAAAUUCAUUACCGUCACAACUUGUGACCUCUGACCUCUGUAUGUGUUCUGGUUCCUCACAGGGACUUGCAGGGAAGGCUGGCCCAAGAGGACAGAGAGGACCAACGGUAGGUCUACUUCCCCUUUGACCUCUACUAUCCACAGGCAAUAGAUAUAGGUAACAAUGACAACGGUGUGUCCGGGUGACCGAGGUUAUCAAUAUUUACCUUGACCCCCAAUAGGAGGUUAAGUGAAUGAAAUGAGAACAUCCUCUAAUAGUGAAGGAUAUCUUCAGAGGAUGUACCUUCUUUAUUGGUAUUCCUCCCUCCUCACGUUCCUCCUCUUAUUCUUCCUCUUCUCCCAGGGACCUCGUGGAGAGAGGGGGCCAAGGGGACCAACAGGAAAAGCUGGACCAAAGGUGAGUCAGGGUCUGUGAUCUAACAUGGCGGACAUAUUGCCUCACUAUCAUACAGUGGUAUGAUCUUGUCUGUCAUUGGCUGAGUCCCUUCUGACUACUUCUUGUUUCCUUCCUGUCUCCCAGGGUACCUCAGGAAGUGACGGCCCCCCAGGACCUCCCGGUGAGAGGGUAUGUACUGGAGCAUCUUUCACCUCAAACACCAAUUAAUCUAUAUCAUCCUGAUCCAUUUCCAAUAUUGCUUAUUGAUCACUAGUUUAUUGAUUGAUUGGUUGAUUAAUUGAUUGACUGUAUCAUCUGCUUGUGUGUUUCAGGGUCUUCCAGGGCCUCAAGGACCUACAGGAUUCUCCGGACCAAAGGGCCCACCCGUAAGACAAACAAAACGUACAACACAACACUGGCACACACUUAAUAAUGCCUUUCCUCUGUGUUAGUCUGUCUAUAGUGUUUUUCUGGUAUACUAAGUCUCUCUGAGACCCGAUCUGUACUACAGGGAUAUAUGUGUAGCAGCUCUGAGGUUUUCUGUCUGUGUGUUUCUCAGGGACCUGCUGGGAAAGAUGGUCUGCCCGGACACCCUGGACAGAGAGGAGAGACUGUGAGUACACACAGUGUUGUUGUCCUAUGGCUGUGUCAUAGACCAGAGUUUAUAUUCUCCUGAACCUUGUAUACCAUCUUCUUACCGCUCUUCUUCUCUCUUCUCCUUGCAGGGUUUCCAAGGCAAGACUGGCCCACCUGGACCCCCAGGAGUGGUCGGACCUCAGGUGAGUUCUGUCACACACCACCAUAAUACUAACAUACUCUCACACACACACACACACACACACACAAACACAUCCCACUAUAUCAUAUCUGUGACAUAAACCACCCAGUACAAUACAUUUCGGUGGACUGGCCUCAUCGACAAAUAGACGUGCAGAGAUCGUGUGUGUAUGAUUAGUUUAUUAUCACUGAUGAGUAGCUUGAUGUGACUCACAUUGUGUCAAUGCGGUCACAUAACUCUAUAAACAGCACACUUCCUCUUUGUCAGUCCUCAUCUAACUUAGAUGCAGUUAGGGAAAGAAAUUAGGCCUCACCGAAAUCCUGUUCUGUAAAUAAUGAAUGCCCACUUGUUUGUAUGGAAUGCAUAUAAAUGAAAACUGAAUAGCUACAGUAGGGCUCUCAAAAACACCAUUAGUUUUUUUUUUAUCUCUACCUAGGCUAAGAUUAAGAUGAUCAUGGGCAGGAUGUGCAGUUAGCAGUCAUUAGGGUGUCGCAAGAGUGACAUAAGGAUGACUUACAGGUGUCGUAAUGACGUCAUAGUGAAUUUUAGGCAGAGUUUUUGCUGUGUUUGUUGUGCUGACAGAAGGACUUUCCUCCUGUCCAUAUCUGGCUAGGCAUGACUGUCAGAGUGUUGUUUAUCCGCUUAGAUAUUAGCACUUAGCUGUUUAUUCAUUAUGCAUGCUCAGUUAACAGCCAUUUCCACCCAGAGCUUUUCUCCUAAUGCUAAUUGAGAACAUUACAUGUAUUGAUGAUGUUGUUCUGGCAGAUGAAUGACACUUUCCUGGAGUGACUAGCGGGUACCGGGGGUUCUGGCUUACCACUCACCCACGCUCUGUCACCCUGUACUCAUACAUUUUGUAAAGACACCCUGAUACACUUUGUUGACUUAUUCAUACUCUCUCUCUCACUGUCCCAUCUCUCUCUCUCUCUCUCUCUCUUCCCCUGUCUCUCUCUCUCUCUCUCUCUCUUUCUCUCUCUCUCUCUCUCUCCCUCCCUCCAUCCACAGGGCCCCACAGGUGAGACUGGACCAAUGGGAGAGCGUGGCCAUCCCGGACCCCCAGGUCCACCCGGUGAGCAGGGUCUUCCUGGAUCUGCUGGUAAAGAGGGAGCUAAGGGUGACCCCGGUCCCGCUGGCCCGGCUGGUAAGGAUGGUCCCCCUGGUCUGAGAGGGUUCCCAGGAGAGAGAGGUCUGCCCGGCCCAGUGGUGAGUAGCACACACCUCACAUAAUUUGUGACUGACCGGCUCGAUUCGGUCUUAUGUAGCAAAAUUUGAAAUUGUGUUUUUUACAUUGGAUAAAAGUAGAGACUCCGAGCUACAAAAUGGUAUAUCAUACAUUACAGUUGAGGAACAAUGGGAAAGUAAUUCUGCUUUGAAAGGUGAUAAACUUUUAACCCCACUUUUGAGAAAAUGGUCCUUGAAUGUUUUGGUAAACCUACUGGAGAGCUCUUCUUUGUCUACAUCCAUUCAGCAUCAUUCACACCCUCUUAAGCCUUAGCCCCAACCAUCUAUUUAAGGAUUCACAUGUGAGGCCAUGUGCUAAACAGAGUGAGUAUGGUAGUGUACUAAACAAACAAAGAUUUCAAGACUAAAGGCUGGUUUAAACUACGUCUAUCGACAUGUCUGUAGACAGUUGUCGCAGUGACAUCAUGACAUUCUAUUGUCGUCUGACAUCAAACUUGUCAUUGUCAUUAUGAAAAGUAUAAACACAAAACCUACAGGCUGCAUGACAUCAGCAACCUGGUGGUCCAAAAUAGCAUAACUGGUGUAUUUUAACACCAGUAAACCCAUCCAUUUAAAAAUGAAUUUAGCAUGCUGUGUGUCAAUCUAGCAAACCAGGCAACUAAAAGCAACUUUCUAAACAAUGUUUUGGUUUGUUUCUAGCUUGUUAGCUAGCUAGCUAACGUUAAGUUAGCUGGCUAGCCAGUUUAAAUAAUGACCAAACCAUAUAGCUGACGACGUCUUAACUUUAGCUCAUUUAUAUUCAUUAUUACAGGAAAAUAAACCCACAACAAGAUAAUUAUUUACAAGUUAAUGGCGAGCUAAUUACAGAAAAUAGCUUACGGUUGUGAGUGUGACAAAAUAAAAUCAGGGCUUUCUACCAGAGAAUUUUAGAACUUGGACACUGUCUCGUUGGCCUAACGUUAUACCCUAAAUUGCAGGUCAUGUUGUUCUUCACAUUACUGUCUCUGGUAAACACACACUAUAAAAUCUAAGUUUAUUUGUCACACGCACAGGAUACAGAAGGUGUAAACAGUACCGUGAAAUGGUUACUUAGUGGAGUAUUUUGUUUAGACAUGUAGCUAGCUAGCUAGCUAAACAAUUAACCAUAAUCCCAACUCAUAAUGUUACUACCCUGCAUGACUCUACAGGUAGCUAACCAACUAUGUUCAAUGUUAGCUAGCUAGCUAACAUUCGGCUAUAACUAGCAAUGCAAAUGGCUCUGAGAAACAAAUCAUUUUACUACACAGAUCAUACACGUAACAUUAGCUAGCGAGCCAGCCUGCUAACGUUAGCUAGCUAACAGUACACUUUAACUUGCAAUGAAAACAACUUUCGGACAAAAUGUUUAACGUAUAAUAUCUGAAAAUGUAGCUAGCUAGACUCUCUUACCCGUAUACAUGGAUGAAUGCGUCUCCCUCUCUGUCACGGAUGCCAUGGGUGCCCUUAGUUUAAAGAUGUAAUCCGGAGACAGGUGUUUUAUACAACAGCCUUCUGUGUGUCCUCUUUUCGACUCCCUCCGCAUAUUUGCAAUCAAACGCCAGAAUUUUUUCCAUGUCCUUAGCUAUCAUACUCUGCUUCCACCGGGCAUUCCACUGAUUUCAAAACUCAGUCCUCCAGAAAGUGGAGAGAAACUAUUUUGCAGUUCUUCGUGAUAUCUUUCAAAAAAGCCGCGUUAGAAAGGAUUACCUACACAUACUGAGCAGCUCAUGUCAUAGACAUAAGCAUGGCAGACCAAUCCGAACUCAUCUCUCGGCAUGUCUAGCCCAUCCAUUAUCUCAGCCAAUCAUGGUUAGCGGGAAGGUUCUGUGGCUAAACAAACUAGACUCAUAUUUUAACAAUUGUAUUCGUAUUUACAGAUGGCAUACACGUUUGUUAUUAAGGCACAUGAAAGUUCACAUGUUCCAGAAGGCAUUUCUGCCAAAAAACACAUUUUGAUAAAAAUAAUAAUGUUUGUGUUAAAAUGCCUAUCCUGUGAAGUAGUCAUGCGCGACAUACGCCUAGGUUCCUGAAACAAGUCACAUUUCUGUCUUAUCUUUGGGAUAAAUAAGAUUCAAAUCAAUCAGAUUUAUUUUAGAGCUAGCUGCCUUUCUUGUGUAAACAUGAGGAGUUCACUUAGGCUUUCAUGAUUACAGCUUCUUCCCCUCAGUAGCCUGUAUCCUCUCAGUCAGCACAGUUGGGGGAUUCUGGGAUAGAUAGAGGGGGUCCGCCCCGGCGUUAAGGAAGGAUGAGAUGUACUGUGCUUCCAUCACAGAUUGUUUUCUAAAGGUUUGCUUCUCCCUCUUCUCUCUCUCUCUCUCUCUCUCUCUCUCUCUCUCUAUCUCUCUCUCUCUCUCUCUCUCUCUCUCUCUCUCUCUCUCUCUCUCUCUCUCUCUCUCUCUCUCUCUCUACAGGGGGCUCACGGCCUGAAAGGGAGUGAAGGCCCCAACGGCCCACCCUGGACCUGCUGUGAGUAUGGAUGAUGAACACACAUCCACCAACACCCUCUCUUCAACUUUCACACUCUCUAUCAAUAGUUGCCUCUCUAUCACUCUAUCAUUAUCUCUCUGUCUUUUUCUCUAUUUCUCUCUCUUUCCCUCUUUUUAUUUCGCACACACACUGCGAACGAGGUUUAUAGCUAAGCUCAUCAGUUGUAUCAGCAUGCAUCACAUAAUGUUUUAAUGAUAUUCAUAGUUCAUUCAUUAGAUACGUGACAUAGGUUCUACCUAUUUAAUAGAUUUGCCUGAUGUUAAGAUUCCACCCUAAGAUAUCAAAAUAUGUUAUAAAAAAAGUACCUGCUGUAGACUAGUUCUUCAUGGAUUUCUUUACAGGUAAAAAGGUAGUACUGUAAUAAGGGUAGUACUAUAAAGGCAGAGCCAUGUAUUUAGAUGGGGAAUAUAAUGUCUACAGAGAGAAUGAUGAUGCAAUUACAUGACACUACAACAUUCUGUGGCAGCCAUGUUUGUGCCCCAUUAACAAUAGAUGAGGAAUAUUUAAACAAUGCUAUGUAACUAAUUGGCCCAACUUUCUAAAUAUAUGGCUCUGAAUAAAGAUAGUACAAGACUUGUUAGUGGUGACCUGUACUGACCGUGUCUCUCUGUUUUUAGGGUUCCCCUGGUGAGCGUGGUCCUGCUGGCCCAGCCGGACCCACCGGUCUCCCUGGACGACCAGGACCUCAGGGACCCCCUGGACCCGCUGGAGAGAAGGGUGGACCGGUAUGACCCAGUUCAGUUCAGCCUGGUUCUGUCCAUGCUACUAGUUUUAACAUAAACCCUGUUGUUAGGAAACAAACACGUUUCUCUCAGCUACUGUAUAUCUCAGCCUCCCCGUUUGAAUCAACGUAUUGUACAGGACAGUAGUGUUCGGGUCAAUUCUAUUCUAAUUCAGUCAAUUCAGGAAGUAAACGGUUAAACAUCCUGAAUUGACUGAAUUAAAAUGUAAUUGAUUUAAACCCUGCAGUUUAGUAAGUCUCCAGAUGAGAGUUGUCUGGUAAAUGAGUGGAAUGAAAUGUACUGUAAUUUAAUGUGCUAUAGGGUGAAAAAGGACCCCAAGGCCCCGCCGGUAGAGACGGUGUCCAGGGACCUGUUGGUCUGCCCGGCCCCGCUGGACCUCUCGGACCCCCAGGAGAGGAUGGAGACAAGGUGGGUUGGCCCGCUGAGGGGAGAGUAGGAUGCGUUUGUGUGUGUGUGUGUGUGUGUGUGUGUGUGUGUGUGCGUCCGUGCUUGUGAAUGUAUAUAAAAGUGAACACUUUGUAGCUUAGAUAAAAACUAAAUCAUGUCUAUCACUCUCUGACUCACACACACAAACACACUCAACGUGAUGACUUAGAUCAAAGGGUGUUUGUCCUCUCUCAUGACCCUCUCUCUCCUCAGGGGUGUUGACAUGCGGUGUUGGCCCUGACUGACAUGUCAGUCUUUCCAGCUGACAGAUAGAUGAACCCGUUAUGUCGAUCAUUUGUACGUUUCAGAUGGUAGAGAGGAGCUGCUAUUAGUAUGCAAACACACAGACAGGAGACACACUGAGACACACAGAGAGAGAGAAAGAGAAAGAGAAAGAGAAAGAGAAAGAGAGAAGAGAAAGAGCGAGAGAGAGAGAGAGAGAGAGAGAGAGAGAGAGAGAGAGAGAGAGAGAGAUAGAUAGAGAAACAUUUGUGUGAAGAUCAGCUGUAAUUGAAUAUUUCAUCCUUGGAGGAAUGCUGCUUUAGUUGUUAACUUAGUCUCUUUCUCCUGGUGCUGGGGGACACAGGGAAUACUCAGGUAUUUGACAUUCAGAAAGAGAGAGAGAGAGAGACACACACACAAAGAGGAUCUCACUAACAUUCACACAGUCUCAUUACAAGGCCUUUCGCACUCGGAGAGGAUAACUUCCAAGGGCUUUAUUAAGGGGAGUUAAGGAGAGUAGAAUAAUGUUGUUUCAGAAGCAAUAACCAUCCUCUGGGCUGGCUUAGGAAAGGUCUGACUCAAUGUUUUCCCACCAUUUCAAACACCUAGAGACUGCAAACGCAUUUGAGUAUGCGUAACAGUGUGACGUUCUGGUGUUCUGAUUUUGCAGUGCAAAUGCAGUGCAAACAAGUUGUGAAUGGAAUCCGUGACAAGCUGCUAGUUAGAUGACAAACCUUCUGGGAUGUGGUCCUUUCUAUCUCAGUUGGUAGAGCAUGGUGUAAGUGGUUUUGGAAAAAGGUGUCUGCUAAAUGGCGUAUAUACAGUAUAUAUUAUAUAAUUAUUUUAGUAUAUUACAUAUACAGGUAAUUGACAAAAUAAUAGAAACACUUGAGUAAAUGAGGGAUACAAAGUAUAUUGAAAGCAUGGGCUUCCACACAGGUGUGGUCCCUGAGUUAAUUAAGCAAUUAAGAUCCCAUCAUGCUUAGGGUCAUGUAUAAAAAUGCUGGGCAGGCCAUUAUUUUGGCUACCAUGGCUAUGCCCCCAUAGGAUGACAAUGCCCCCAUCCACAGGGCACGAGUGGUCACUGAAUGGUUUGAUGAGCAUGAAAACUAUGUAAACCAUAUGCCAUGGCCGUCUCAGUCACCAGAUCUCAACUCAAUUGAACACUUAUGGGAGAUUCUGGAGUGGUGCCUGAGACAGCGUUUUUCACCACUAUCAACAAAACACCAAAUCAUGGAAUUUCUUGUGGCAGAAUGGUGUCGCAUCCCUCCAAUAGAGUUCAAGACACUUGUAGAAUCUAUGCCAAGGUGCAUAGAAGCUGUUCUGGCUCAUGGUGGCCUAACGCCCUAUUAAGACACUUUAUAUUGGUGUUUCCUUUAUUUUGGCAGUUACCUGUACAUUAUAUAUUAUGUGACUCCUAAUUCUGCCACUGUGUCACCGAAUGAUAUUGAAGGCGACAAUGACAUAUACCCAACAAAAAGCCCUGAAACCUCUCUUAUUUCCACGCCAAGCACUCACUCACAUACAAAUCUUAAUUUAGCUGAACACUAGCUCAACAGGAUUUAAGUGAGUUAACUCAACAGGAGUCAUUGAGUUGUGUUGACUGUGUUUCUAUCACCAGGGAGAGAUUGGAGAGCCAGGUCAGAAGGGAGGCAAAGGAGACAAAGGAGAGCAUGGUCCACCUGGUCCUACUGGUCCCCAAGGCCCGGUUGGAGCGCCUGGUCCUGCUGUAAGUAUCCCACUGAACCGUUUCAUCCUCCAGUUCAUUGGAUCUGGAGGCGGACACUUUAUCUAUGAUGUCACUUUCUGUCCCUGCCACAGUCUCUUGACCUGGUCUAUGCCACCGUUCAACCUCUAAUUCUUCUCUCCCCCUCACUCUCUUACUUAUAUACAUUAUAUCCCCUCCCUCUCUCUCUAUCUCCUUCUAUCUUUCUUUCUCUCCUCCUCUCUCUCUUUCGGGUGUGUAGGGAGCUGAUGGAGAGCCCGGUCCCAGAGGUCAGCAGGGUCUGUUUGGCCAGAAGGGAGAUGAAGGAUCCAGAGGGUUCAAUGGACCCCCAGGCCCAGUGGGACUGCAGGUCAGAACCACAACCAGAACCAGGGACAGUCUAUGUCUGUGUCCCAAAUGGCACCCUAUUCCCUAUGUAGUGCACUACUUUUGACCAGGGUGCAUAGGCCUCUGUACUGACGUCAUUAUCUUGUCUGACUGCAGGGAUUACCUGGUCCGGCUGGCGAGAAAGGAGAAACCGGAGAUGUUGGUCAGAUGGUAAGAGUUCCUACUAUCCUCUUAUGCAAUAUUGCUAUAGAGUUGUAUGAAAUAGAGCAGAAUUUAGUGUAUUGUACAUGGAUUGUAUACAAUGAAUUUAGCACUGUCAGAUUCCUAUAUGUACAGUGCCUUCGGAAAGUACUCAGACCCCUUGACUUUUUCCAUAUUUUGUUAAGUUACAGCCUUAUUCUAAAAUUGAUUUUUUAUAUAUUUGUUUAUCAUCAAUCUACACACAAUACCCCAUAAUGACAAAGCGAAAACAGGUUUUUAGAAAUGUUGGCUAAUUUAUUCAACAUAAAAAACAGAAAUACCUUAUUUACAUAAGUAUUCAGACCCUUUGCUAUGAGACUUGAAAUUGAGCUUAGGUGCAUCCUGUUUCUAUUGAUCAUCCUUGAGAUGUUUCUGCAACUGUGGUAAAUUCAUUUGAUUGGACAUGAUCUGGAAAGGCACACACCUGUCUAUAUAAGGUUCCACAGUUGACAGUGCAUGUCAGAGCAAAAACCAAGCCAUGAGGUCGAAGGAAUUGUCGGAAGAGCUCAGAGACUCAGGGAGGUGACCAAGAACCCGAUGGUCACUCUGACAGAGCUCUAGAGUUCGUCUGUGGAGAUGGGAGAACCUUCCAGAAGGACAACCAUCUCUGCAGCACUCCACCAAUCAGGCCUUUAUGGUAGAGUGGCCAGACGGAAUCCACUCCUCAGUAAAAGGCACAUGACAGCCCGCUUGGAGUUUGGCAAAAGGCACCUAAAGACUCUCAGACCAUGAGAAACAAGAUUCUCCGGUCUGAUGAAACCAAGAUUGAACUCUUUGGCCUGAAUGCCAAGCGUCACGUCUGGAGGAAACCUGGCACCAACCCUACGGUGAAGGAUGGUGGUGGCAGCAUCAUGUUGUGGGGAUGUGUUUCAGCGGCAGGGACUGGGAGACUAAUCAGGUUCGAGGCAAAGAUGAACGGAGCAAAGUACAGAGAGAUCCUUGAUGAAAACCUGCUCCAGAGUACUCAGGACCUCAGACUGGGGUGAAGAUUCACCUUCCAACAGGACAACGACCCUAAGCACACAGCCAAGACAACGCAGGAGUGGCUUCGGGACAAAUCUCUGAAUGUCCUUGACUGGCCCAGCCAGAGCUCAGACUUGAACCUGAUCGAACAUCUCUGGAGAGACCUGAAAAUAGCUGUGUAGCAGUGCUCCCUAUCCAACCUGACAGCGCUUGAGAGGAUCUGCAGAGAAGAAUGGGAGAAACUCCCCAAAUACAGGUGUGCCAAGCUUGUAGCGUCAUACCCAAGAAGACUCGAUGCUGUAAUCGCUGCCAAAGGUGCUUCAACAAAGUACUGAGGAAAGGGUCUGAAUACUUAUGUAAAUGUGAUAUAUUUUUAAAUAAAUUAGCAAAGAUUUAUAAUAACACUGUUUUUGCUUUGUCAUUAUGGCAUAUUGUGUGUAGAUUGGAAAAAACAAUUUAAUACAUUUUAGAAUACGGCUGUAACGUAACAAAAUGUGGAAAAAGUCAAGGGGUCUGAUUACUUUCCGAAUACUGUAUAUGAUUUAUUCCUAUGUGUAUGUGAUGACAGUAGACUCAUCACUCCUUCUCUCCUACCCUCCUAGGGUCCUCCCGGUCCCCCUGGCCCCAGAGGCCCCUCCGGACCCCCAGGAGCUGACGGCCCUCAGGGACCACCUGGUGGUAUUGGAAACCCCGGAGCUGUUGGAGAGAAGGUAAGGUCUACCUGUUAAUACCCUUCACCUCAAUGUAGAACCCACAGAAAUACAAUCCAUGAAUCCAAAAUGGAUUAUAUUUAUAUGGUAGAACCUUUCCAUAUUUUUCUGAAGCUUCCUACACUUGCCUUAGUCCUCUUGAUCCCAUUGGAUGCAUAGGCCCUAGGGCAUCCACCAUGGGUCUCCUAAUCCACCAUGACUCCUAAUCCACCAUGACUCCUAAUCCACCAUGGCUCUCCUAUCCACCAUGACUCCUAAUCCACCAUGACUCUCCUAAUCCACCAUGGGUCUCCUAAUCCACCUUGGGUCUCCUAAUCCACCAUGGGUCUCCUAAUCCACCAUGGGUCUCCUAAUCCACCAUGGGUCUCCUAAUCCACCAUGGGUCUCCUAAUCCACCAUGGGUCUCCUAGUCCACCAUGACUCUCCUAGUCCACCAUGGGUUUCCUAAUCCACCAUGGGUCUCCGAGUCCACCAUAGGUCUCCUAUUACUUGGAGAUCUACAUAGCAGAGGACUCAGACAGUAUUGAGGUACAUAGUCGUUAUGCAUCUGUUCCUGCACAUAAAAUCCCCAUAGUUUACAGCAGUCCAGAGUAGAUGGCAACGUCUAUUUACCUUGUUGCUGACCUCAGUGGUAGAAAGUGUCUCAUCAAUCAGAGUAACUGUGGUUUAAAGUACCAACAAGAGACAGAUAUGCUUACUGUGCAAGAGGUCCAAUUGUCAGUUUGAGUUUCAGUACAACAUAUUUCAGAUCACCACUCAUCCUCUUUUCAAAGCUUUUGUCAUCAUCAAUAUUUGAUGCAGCUAUUCAAUAGAUAAUGUUUGAAAUGGGAAAGGCUCAUUUUCAUUCUCAAGUGAGUGUGAGCGACACACACACACACACAGACACACAGCUUAAUGGUAGUGUUGUCAUCCUCAACAGUGUUGUCGCUAGAGAGAGUAGGAGUGUGAAUAAAUAUUAAAAACAGCUCUUACAAAAUAAUCCUUGGUGUUUUCGCUCGCCGUCAGGGGCGGGCGGUCGGAGGUAGCUGUUUGAUUAUGAAAGCUUUGUCUUGGCAGCCGCCAGCCCCGCUGUCCACCACACGCUCUCAGCACUUUCUACUGCAAUGAUGGCGUGAUUUGUUUUAUCUGGUCCGUUGAUGGAAUGACCUUCGCCCUCUGAGAGUCUUUCCCCUGGGAGCACGCAUCCAUCCCUUCCUCAAACAAAAGCUUAGCUCACCACAAUUACAAUCCUCUCUCUGGCUAAUCUGAUCUGAGCUGAUCUGGCAGCUUUUAUAGCAGUGGUUAGGCUGAACUUUGGCGUUAGGUCGCUGGGCAGAGAAAGGCGGAGAAAGCGAGAAGAGAGAGAGAGAGAGAGAGAAGGAGAGAGGAUACGAGAGAGAGGAGAAGAGAGAGAGCGAGUAGGAGAGAGAGAUAGAGAGAGAGAAGAGAGACGAGAUGAGAGAGAGAGAGAUAGAGAGAGAGAGCAGAGCGUAGAGCAGAGAGAGAGAGAAGAUAGAGGGCGAGAGAGAGAGAGCGAUAUAUAUCUCUAGACUAGAGAGCUCUCUCUCUCUCUAUCUCUCUCGCUCUCUCAUCAUCUCUCUAUCUCUCUCUCUCUCUCUCUAUCUCUCUCCUAUUUCCUGUUCUCAGCAGACUCACCCAGCUUCCCCCUGGCUGUUGUGAGCUGCCUGUUCUGACAGUAGGAUGGAGUCAGGCCCUGGAUGUGUUUCAAAUAGCACCCUAUUCCCUACAAAGUGCACUACUUUUGACCAGAACCCUGUGGGGCCUGGUCAAGAGUAAUGCACUAUAUAGGGAAUAGGGUGCCAUUUGGUAUGCAGCCCCUAUGUAGAGUCAGGCUUCCCAGAGAGACACAGGGCUGUAUAAAAAGCUUAGUACAGGAGAGAGAAUCACUCAUGCUUUUAAACAGGCCUCUCGCUCUGCUCUGCUCUCUCUGCUCUGUUGCCUGGAAUGGAUAUCCUGACAGAAACAAAGCACUUUGGGAAAGAGGCCAUAUGCUCAUUUAGGCUAUGGAUGGGUAUGAUAACCCAGAGUUAGGCCUAUGUACGCUAAGCACAGCUUGUCUUGGCUCAGCUCUGUACAGUUCAAUCCAAAUACACCAGGCCAGGCAGUUUGCUGCCCUGUCUCUCCCAGACCAGGGUUAGAUAAACAUUGUCUCUAGGAACACGUGGCUGUCCACCGUUUAUGUCCCAAUGAUUGAUUGAGACGACAGGGCCUAUGUGACAGUGAGUAACGACAGGGCCUGGAGCCUGAGCCCGCUACCCAAUAAGACAGGCAGGGAGAGCGGGAGGGAGAGUGGAAGAUGUAUGGAGGAGACCAGGGAGGACCCAGAGGUCGCCUGUUCUCUGCCUGCUCCAGGCACAACUCUGACUGGCUGUGAUGGAUUGAAACCUCUGGUGUCAUCUCUUUCAUUCCCCAGGGGCGUCAGGACAUUGGGUUUACUGUAAAUAUGAUUUUUAGAGUUGUUUUGGUUCACUGCCGUUUCUGAAAAAAAUAUAUAUUGUGUUCUAUCUCUCUCUCUCUCUCUCUCUCUCUCUCUCUCUCUCUCUCUCUCUAUUCCUUUCUCAGGGUGACUCAGGUGAAAACGGAGAGCCUGGUCUUCAGGGAGAACUUGGCGGACCUGUAAGAGAACCGACAGCACCUUCACACCACCAUUCAUCAUCCAACAGAACAACAGUUUCAACACAGCCCCACAACACCCCACUACAACUCCCCAUCACUGCCUCCAUUGGAGAGAAGGAAUUAUUCUGCUGCAAAUGCAAUAAACUUACCGAUUCAUAUAUUUAUUAUAACAAAACAUCAGAAUGAGGCUAUUCCUCUUCACCAUUACCUUAACAAUAAUUGAAUCAAUUCACAAAGUUGUUAUUAAAACCAUUAUAGAGGAAAGCCGACCAACCACAUGGAGUGUGUUAAGCACAGUUCUACUGGGCAUUGACAUGAACACAUUAUUGACACAGUAACACACUGUUGACACACUAACACACUGUUGACACACUAACACACUGCCCCACUGUCACAGGGCCCAAGAGGAGAGCGAGGAGAGAAGGGAGAGGCCGGUCCUGCAGGUUCUGCUGGACCCUCCGGCCCUAAAGGUCCCCCUGGAGAUGAUGGUCCUAAAGGAAGUCCUGUAAGUCCUGGUUACACUUCUCUGUAGAGUCACAUAUCACAGUUGAUUGAUUGAUUGAUUGAUUGACUGAUUGAUUGCAGUUGUGUCCUGUUACUGCCAUGUGAAUGUAUUCCAAUGGAUGUUGUGGAUGUGCAAUCAAUUGUCAGUGGAAGGCAAAGUAAGAUGUAGUCUCUUUAUGUGUUAGUAAGUUCUCUCUAGAGUAAUUCUAAAUACUGAGCAUUUUGUUGGAUUUCAUUUCCAGGGUCCAAGUGGUUUCCCUGGUGAUCCUGGUCCCCCUGGCGAGAUCGGACAAGCUGUAAGUCACUGAAAUGUUACAAUGAUAUUGUUUUGGCAUCCAGUUACUGUAAUGCUUUGGUACCUAUUGAAAUUUAAAAAAUCCCAAAACUGUGCCCUAUCCAUUCAGUGUCAUGCAACUUUUACAAUGUCUCUCUUUCUCCUCCUGCCAGGGUCUAGACGGUCCUCCUGGUGACAAGGGAGACGACGGAGAGGCUGGUCAACCUGUGAGUCUCACCUAACGUAUUACUACACCUGUUUAACGACAAACAAGCAUUAACAAAUGUAACAUUUCUCAUAUCUGAAGAUAACUACAGUAAAGAUACAAGUGCUGUAGAAGAGCUUUUAUCACUAAGUCACUCAUCUUUUUUUCUCUGAUCAUGUACUUUAACCUUAUCCUUUCUCACCUUUUAGGGUUCUCCUGGACCCACUGGAGAGUCAGGUCCUUCUGGUCCACCAGGAAAGAGAGGCCCCCAUGGUACAACUGGACCCGAGGGCAGGCAAGGAGAGAAGGGAGCCAAGGGAGAGUCUGGUCUGGAGGGCCCACAGGGCAAGACAGGCCCCGUUGGGCCUCAGGGAGCACCUGGCAAGCAAGGUUCUGAAGGUCUCAGAGGUAUCCCUGGCCCAGUUGUAAGUACAACAUUGUUUCAUAUUUUCAGUACUUUGUGUCAUAGCUAUUACAGUAACUAGGGCAUUUGUACAACACUCAUAGAUUAUUAUAGUGACUGAUCUACAAAAGCCAUUUCUAAAUCACACAAUAAGCGUAAGGGAAUCAUACCAAUAGUAAGGUGGGUGCUUACAUGUGUCCUAUUUCACACAUGUAUAAGUGUGUAUUGGAAAUGUGUUUUUUGCAUAUCCCCCUGAGAGUGUGGUUACAGCCAUGGUCUGCCAAUAUCAACAGUGACCCACCUUGUCGGCUGGGGGAUUCGAACCAUGACCUUUCAGUUACUGGCCCAAUGCUCUAACAGCUAGGCUACCUGCCAACCUUACAUUGUAUGUGAAGAUCUGUCGGUUAAAGCAUUGACUUGUAUCUUGUUUCCAUGCAGGGGGAACAAGGUCUUCCAGGUUCCUCAGGCCCAGACGGACCCCCUGGACCCAUGGUGAGACAACUAACCUCUGACCCCUAACCCCUUACCCGUAAACCCGGGUCAUUGGAUGUCACAGGAUUCACAGUACCUUGUCUUAUUGGGUCAGACGGUGAAGGGGAGAGUCCUCACUCUCUGUAAUCGACCUCUGUUAGCGCACCCCCGCCGGCAGCCCCCGACGGCGCACCCCCGGCCGGCCAGCCAGCGGACAGGCGACACCCCGGCCGGCCAGCCCGCGGGACGGCGCGUACCCCCGGCCGGCCAGCCCGCGGACGGCGCGGACCCCGGCGGCCAGCCCGCGGGACGGCGCGACCCCGGCCAGCUCGCGCGACAGGCGCGACCUCCCGGCCGGCCAGCCGGCGUGGACGGCGCGACCCCCGGCCGGCCCGCGCGGGGACGGCGGACCACCGGCCGGCCAGCCCGCGCGACGGCGCGACCCCCGGCCGGCCAGCCAGCGGGACGGCGGACCGCCGGCCGGCCAGCCUCGCGUGGACGUGCGCGACCCCCGGCCAGCCCGCGGACGGCGCGACCCCGGCGGCCAGACGACUGGGCGAGAACGCGACCCAGGCCAAGCCCGCGCGACGGCGCACCCGGCCGGCCAGCCGGCGGACGGGCGACCCCACGGCCGCCCAGCCGCGGGACGGCGCGACCCCCGGCCGGCCAGCCCGCGGGACGGCGCACCCCCGGCCGGCCAGCCGCGCGACGGCGCAACCACGGACCGGCCAGCCCGCGGGACGGCGCGACCCCCGCCGGAGGCGACGGGACGGGAAAGAGAGGGUAGGCGGAACGCAGGCAAGCGGAGAGCGCGACAAACGAGGCCAGCGGAAAGGGAAGGCGAGACCCCGGCCGGCAAGCCGCGGGACGACGACCCGGCGGCGCUAGCCCGCGUUACGGCGCAACACGGAAGGAAUGAACAGGAGGGAGAAGAAAAAGGCGGCCAGCCAGCUGGAAGGAAAAGCGACAAACAGGCAAGGAAUGCAAAACGAAGAUUAGGACGGAGAAAAACAAGGAGGCAAGGAAGGAGAGGAGAAACACGGCGGAAGAAGCGUCGAAGGGACCCAGGCCUGACAAGCCGCGGGACGGCGCACGCCGGCAAAGAAAGAGUGAAGAGGAAAAGGAAGGAAAGAAAGGGGAAGGCGAACCACAGGCCGACGGAACGACAACGGUUCGGAGGGACGACCCCGGCAGACAACCGAGGUGAGGCGCACCCCGCCGGCCAGCCGAGUAGCGACCCCGGACGGACACGAGGGAGACCACGGAGGCAGAAGAGGAUGGAGACAGGCCGGCGAUACGUUAACGAAAGAGCAAGAGGUAUUAGAAAGCGAUGAGCAGCUGCUCUCUCCUCUCUCUAUCGUCCGAGGUCUCUUCUCCUCUCUCUUCUCUCUCUCUCACAGGGUCCUCCAGGAUUACCAGGUUUGAAGGGAGACUCUGGCAUUAAGGGAGAAAAGGUAAAUCCCACCCCCUUGUUUCAGUAGGUUAUUGACAACAUGUAGUAUACUGUAAAUAUUACAGUCAAAUAUUGACAUACCUGUUGCAUGCAUGGCUAAAAGUUACAUACUGUUUGAUCUUCUUCCAUUGCUAAUGAUGUUGAUGUCUAAUAUUCUAUACAGAUAUACGUGAAAUCUUUCGAUAGAGAUACUGUAUAUUCCAUACUGUACACAUUCAAGUGAAUCAUAACUGACUGCUCAGUGUUCAAACCUAUUGAUUAUGUAUCUGGUAUUAGCCCCAGGGCAGUGAGUCAUCCCACUAAUGAUAUACGAAGAGAGAUUGAUUGACAGGCAGAUCGAUGUGAGUAAUUAAAUGUUUGAUUGAUUAUUGAUGCAUGUUUUGAUCUGUGUUUCUCCUCUCCUCAGGGCCACCCUGGUCUAAUUGGUCUGAUCGGGCCCCCAGGAGAGCAGGGAGAGAAGGGUGACAGAGGUCUGCCAGGCCCCCAGGGGACAUCAGGACCCAAAGGAGACAAUGUGAGCAGACCUACAACUGUUGUUUACAUGAUUAUUGAGCGAUGUUUACCUAAUAAAAAGUGACAUGUUGUGGUUUGGUCUGAUAAUACAGUUGAUCAUAUCAAGUCAACACAGUUAAGUGUGGUUUGAUCCCCCUCUCUUCUCUCCUUCCUGUCUAAUUUUCUCCCUCCAGGGUAUUGCUGGCCCCUCAGGUCCUCUUGGUCCCCUGGGACCUCCAGGAUUACCAGGUCCUCCUGGUCCUAAAGGAGCUAAGGGGUCAUCGGUAAGCGUCCCCACAAACUACCAUGCCCCUGUCAACCAUGUCCUACUGUCCCCUCAAAAUCAUGUCCCACUGUCCAUAGAAGUUGUGUAUAUGACCUUAUAAAGUCUAAACCAUGUCCUACUGUCAAUAGAGGCUGUGUGUAUGAUGCUGUUCUGUUCUGUCUUCCUCAGGGUCAAACUGGUCCCAAGGGAGAGACUGGUGUUCCUGGACAACCUGGGCCUCCUGUAAGUUAUCUUCAUGAUUGUGUGAUGUCAUUACAUGUUGUUGUUUUGUAGUUUUACUGCAUGUUUUACUAUACAUAAACUAUACGUACUGUAUAAUGAUUAGUUAAGUAAACAAAAUUAUACUACGUGAAGAUUAAUAAUAGAAUACCCUUGACUAAAGCAUCUCUCUCCCAUUUCUCUCCCUACUUCCGCAAAAGACAUCUACCCAAUAGCCAUUCUACACUACCCACACGAUCAAACCAAAGUAACCCGUUCCCAAUCUCCUCCCCCUCACAACUCCACUCUUUCCCCUCUCCCCCUCUCUUCUCCGCUCCACCCCCCUCUUCUAUCCUCAUCUCUUCCCCUCCUCCUUCCCCCCCCUCUACUUUCCCUGUCUCCUCCUUUCCCCCUCUCUCUCCUUCUCCACCCCCAUAGGGUCCUCCUGGGGACGUCAUCCACCCGCUGCCCAUGCAGUCAAGCCCCAAGCGGAGCCGCAGGAACAUUGAUGCCAGCCAGAUGAUGGAUGAGGCCAAUGCAGAUGCCAACUACAAGGACUACGACGAUGGUAUGGAGGAGAUCUUCGGAUCCCUCAACUCCCUCAAGCUGGAGAUCGAGCAGAUGAAGCACCCGCUGGGAACACAGGGCAACCCCGCCCGCACCUGCAAGGACCUGCAGCUAUGCCACCCCGACUUCCCCGAUGGUGGGCAUCGAUUUGAGAUCUGAAAUGCUAUAUCUGACGUUCUCAAGUCUUACUAAGUUUGGUGCUGAAGCCCCGGAAUAAUCUUGUUUGAAACUUGUUUGGAAAAGGUGGCUGGUGCUAGCCAUCUUUUUCAUACAGGUGGGGCUAUUUUAUACAGGUCAAAGUCAAUAUUAAGGGCCAAGUGUCACUACUAUAAUGGAUUUAAAUGUGAUAGAGAAAUAGGAUUAUAAAUAUGAUUGGUAUUUGAUGAUAUUGCCUGUCAUUGAGUGUAAGUGGGGUGUAGAAUAGUCUCUCUCCUUGGAAUGCUAAAUCAUGCUAAUUUAAACAUUGAAUGAUCUCUGAUGAAAAGGUUUCUAAUUGUUAAGGUUCCCUCCUUCUCUCUCCUUCCCUCUUUCUUUUCCCUCUUCACCAUUUUCUCCCUUCCGCCCUCCCUCCCUCCCUCCAUUUCUUGUCAUUUUCAGGUGAAUACUGGAUCGACCCCAACCAGGGUUGCUCAAGAGACUCGUUCAAGGUUUACUGCAACUUCACAGCAGGAGGAGAGAGCUGCAUCUACCCUGAUAAGAAGUCUGAAGGGGUAAGUCAUGGCGCUUUUACACACACAACUGGUAAAAUUGUCAGAUUUUGAGAGCCAAUGAUAGAAAUUCAGUGGGAGAAAAUGCUUAAAAUAAAUGCUUAAAAACUGUAACCGUACACAUUCGAGAAGUUUUGGUGGAUAUAAUGAGGGAAAUAUUUACAAAAUAUUAAAAUUCAUCAUGCCUGCAUGUUAUGGUGAUAUUUAUGGUUGAUUAAAAAAGUGUGUAUAAAACAAUCUGUCUACAUUGUUCUGUCAAGUGUCAACUGUUCCCCAUUUGAUUGACAGGUUAAAUAACUCUGACUGUAUGAUGCAGAUAAGUUAAUAUUUAUUUAUUCUUCCCUGGCCCCAGGCAAAGUACUAUGCAUAUAAAUCAUAUAUACCUCUCUCCUGACAAUACUGCAUAAUCACAUAACACUCAUGUAUGUAAGAUUCAUGCAUCACUGUUCCUUUACUUGUAUGAGUGUAAUACCCAGGGUCCUCCAAGCCCCGAGGGGGCAGCAGCUUCAUGUAAGACGUUUGGUGUUACACACUACUGACAUGUCAAAGAAUAUAUUUGGGGCAGUCCCUCACUGUCAACAGAGAGUCAACGAUUCCCUUGCACACGCAUGUACAUGCAUGCAUACACAUGAACACACACACACACAGUUCUGCCGUACUAUCCUCCAGCUAAGUGUCAGCGGCCUAGUGUCGUGCCUGGCCCAGUCACCUGUAAUAGGUUAUGGCAGGUGACAGGCACCCAGAGAGGAUUCUGCUGCUGGUUGGUUAUACAUGGUGGAGUGGAGAGGAGAGGAGAGGAGGUGUGCGCACACACACACACACACACACACACACACAUCCCUCCCUGCUAGCCUGGGACACUGUAUCCCAAGUCUACCAAUCAUGAGUUAUGCAGAGGAGAGGAUAGAGGAGAGGAGAUAGAUAGGUGAAGGACAGGAGAGAAAAGGAAGAGUUAGAAGUAGAAGGUAUCAGUUGUCUCCUACAGUAGAUGGGAUCAGUUCUAGGGUAUCAGUUGUCUCCUCCAGUAGAAGGGAUCAGUUCUAGGGUAUCAGUUGUCUCCUCCAGGAGAAGGGAUCAGUUCUAGGGUAUCAGUUGUCUCCUCCAGGAGAAGGGAUCAGUUCUAGGGUAUCAGUUGUCUCCUCCAGUAGAAGGGAUCAGUUAUAGGGUAUCAGUUGUCUCCUACAGUAGAUGGGAUCAGUUCUAGGGUAUCAGUUGUCUCCUCCAGGAGAAGGGAUCAGUUCUAGGGUAUCAGUUGUCUCCUCCAGGAGAAGGGAUCAGUUCUAGGGUAUCAGUUGUCUCCUACAGUAGAUGGGAUCAGUUCUAGGGUAUCAGUUGUCUCCUCCAGUAGAAGGGAUCAGUUCUAGGGUAUCAGUUGUCUCCUCCAGUAGAAGGGAUCAGUUAUAGGGUAUCAGUUGUCUCCUACAGUAGAUGGGAUCAGUUCUAGGGUAUCAGUUGUCUCCUCCAGGAGAAGGGAUCAGUUCUAGGGUAUCAGUUGUCUCCUCCAGGAGAAGGGAUCAGUUCUAGGGUAUCAGUUGUCUCCUCCAGGAGAAGGGAUCAGUUCUAGGGUAUCAGUUGUCUCCUCCAGGAGAAGGGAUCAGUUCUAGGGUAUCAGUUGUCUCCUCCAGUAGAAGGGAUCAGUUCUAGGGUAUCAGUUGUGUCCUCCAGUAGAGGGGAUCAAUUCUAGGGUAUCAGUUGUCUCCUCCAGGAGAAGGGAUCAGUUCUAGGGUAUCAGUUGUCUCCUUCAGUAGAAGGGAUCAGUUCUAGGGUAUCAGUUGUCUCCUCCAGUAGAAGGGAUCAGUUCUAGGGUAUCAGUUAUCUCCUCCAGUGGGGUCCCCUGCUGCUCACUCCACUCAUGCUAGGAGAGCUGAAAGUGCCUUUCAAGACAGCAGGGUGUGUUUAAUGUAUGCUGUCUCCCAGCGCUAAUUGAUCUCUAGCUGAACAUUCAUUAACACAUUAAGGCAUUGAUGACAAGCCCUGUAUAAACCUUGUAUCCGACUCAUCUAGCUCAUUACUGAAGUAUAAUAAUAUUCAGAAUAUUAUCACACUGGAGUACCACUGGCCAUUAAUGUGAUAGAUCUUAAUGGGUAGAUCUUCAGCUAAAGCUGAAUAGAAUUUAAAUGAAAAAAAUAUAUAUGUUUACUUCUCGAUGGCUAUACAGCAGACUCUUAACAGCUUUUUAAUUGAAAAGUGACUUCUUGUUGGCUAUGCAGCAAAAGCUUAACUAGUUUUAAAUGAAAACCAGAAAAACAAAGCGACUUGUCUUUACCUACAGUAUACAGCAGAAGCUUAAAUGAACACCAUAAAACCAUAGUCACUGCUAUAUUGGUAUAGAGCUGCAUUAGAACUACCAAUAAGUAUCUUAGUUUUUCCCCAUUCUGCUCUAUACCAAUAUAGUAGUGACUAUGGUCCUCUGUAGCUCAGCUGGUAGAGCACGGCGCUUGUAACGCCAAGGUAGUGGGUUCGAUCCCCGGGACCACCCAUACACAAAAAAAAUGUAUGCACGCACGACUGUAAGUCGCUUUGGAUAAAAGCGUCUGCUAAAUGGCAUAUUAUUAUUAUUAUUAUGGUGUUCAUUUAAGCUUCUGGUCAAAAGCAGUGCACUGUAUAAGGAAUAGGGUGCCAUUUAGUAUUCAUACAACAUCUCUUAAUGAAUCACUGUGUACUCAUUAAUAUUUGAUCAGUAAUUAGCUGCCAGCCAAUGUUUAUACAAAAUGUGAUAAUGGCUUGCUAAGGUAUUUUACACUGUCCCGAGCUGUUCGGUGUCACACAAUACUACUGCAGGUCUCUCAGACGCCACAGAUGGACCAAGGGAGGGAGGGAGGGUUUAGAGGGGAAGAACGAGGGAUGAAGUUGUUCUUUCUUUCAGGAGGCUGUUCUUACUGUUUUUCUUUCUUUAACCUUCAUUUUUUGUCCUCCUCCUCCUCUUCCCCCCUGUUUCGCUCUAUCCGUACCCCAGACUAGGCUCACCUCCUGGGUAAAGGAGAUCCCUGGCUCCUGGUUCAGUGAAUUCAAACGUGGUAAACUGGUAAGCCCCCCUGACGCCCCCCUUCCCCCCGUCCCCUUCCCUUUUUCCUGAACGGCUCAUCUCAUAUUUUACAGAGCAAAAUGGCAAAAUGGCCCAAAGACACCCCAGGCUCUUGGUAUAGUCGCUACAAGCGAGGUUCUCUGGUAAGUGGCACGCCCACAGGUCUCUGGAGGCCCAGCUAGGGUGACUCCUGGCUGGGUCUCUGUGGGCCUGAGGGCCCUGCAUGGUUCUAGGUUCUGGUUCUGGUCAGUACUGGUUCUGCAUGGUUCCUGUACUGGUUGGCACUGGUCUUUGACUGGCACUCUGGCUUGUGGUUGUGGCGACACUGCUCUGCAUGGUUCAGCACGAUCAAGCUCAGCUCAGCACACCUUCAGUAAGACAUACUGCAGUAGGUGAAGUCUCUUCCUUCCAGAAUAGAGGGAGACAUAGUUGGUGGAACAGACAGACUGGCAGACAUACUUUACCAUGGCAACUAGUAGUUGAAGAAGUUAAAGACAAGUUUCCAUUGAAGUUCAAUACAAAAAGGUAAGUGUAGUACAAAAAGUCAUAGAAUUGAGUAAAUCAUAGUGUGUUGGCACUGAAUGUUGCCAUGGGAAAGUAUGAGUGUAAAUGCAUCCACUCAACCUGCCUCUCUCUGAAGUUGGAGAGCAUCACCUAGAAGUGACUGAGUGCCUCUCACAGUUAGACACACAUUUCUAUUUAAACACAGUUACAACAACUACUCCUAUUGCCCUCAGCAUUUCCAGCUGACUCAUAGAUACUCUUACUGUACAGAUACCUAUUCAUAAAUCAUGUGAAAGCUAGUCACAGGAGAGUGAUUGGGCACCAUUUUGUUCCUGCUACACUCAUUUCACACAUUCACCUUCUCAUUCACUCACAUCAGGAUUACGGUAGGUAACAAUACUGAUUCAAUGUGAACAGUCAAAGGUCAGGCACUCAGUCACAUUCCCAGGGGCUUCUGGGUACACCCAAUUUUGACUUGCGGCUGCGAUGAAGAGGUAAUGUUUCCAUGGCGAUGUAGGGCUGUUUCUACACACUGGUUCUGCGAGGCAGAGCGGGGAUGAGGGAGGGAGGGGAGGAACAGACAGAAGCAGGGGAGGAUCUACCUAGCCUUUCUGAGUACCUGGACACUCACAGGGGUGAGGGGUACUACUCCCUUUAGGAGCCACUGAUUGACAGACAGACAGACAGACACUGUUACUUGGACAUAAUGGAUAUAGUUAUCAUUUUUAUGAGCCCAAAUUCCUAUCUGAUGAUGGUGUGGCCAACUGAUGAUGGUGUGGCCAACCAAAUUCCUAUCUGAUGAUGGUGUGGCCAACUUGUGGGUACCUGAAAAUACAGUACAACAGAUUUGAUUGGCUUCCCUCUAAUAGUAAUCUGUAAUGUCCAUUAAUGUCCAGGUUGAGUCGUGUGUGUGUGUGUGUGUGUGUGUGUGUGUGUGUGUGUGUGUGUGUGUGUGUGUGUGUGUGUGUGUGUGUGUGUGUGUGUGUGUGUGUGUGUGUGUGUGUGUGUGUGUGUGUGUGUGUGUGUGUGUGUGUGGUGUAUCUAUACACGCACACACAUUAGUGGCUCUCUGCUUCGACUGCAUGGCAUGGGCAUUGCAUGCGCUUGGCUCUUGGUCUGAGUCAGUCCUGUUUGUCUGAAAGAAGAAGAGAACCCUGUGGAACUGAUGGUGGAACACUGCUGGUUGGUAUGGAAACGGAUCUCCAGCGUAAAAUAGCAUCACACCAAAGACUGAUGUUCACACAUGGACGGGUCAUCAGGCAUGAUUAGUAAUCAUUAGAGACUAACUACAUUAGUAUAAUAGAACACAUGUUGGUUUAGUAUUCACUUUAACAAGGCAAAUUAGGCUAAUUCUAAAUUGCGGAAACCGAUUAAACCAUUAUUAUUUUUCAUUUAUACAAUUACGUUUUACAUUUACUAAUGGGCUCGUAUCAAAACAAUACAUUUCCAGAAUUUCUUAAUUAAAGCUAAAGUGUUCAAUUACGGUUAGCUCCUCGAUUGAGAGUAUUCGUCGCUUGUACAUUGCUAGUAGAAUGCUAUUCCUACAGAACCAUUGUAGUCUUUCAGCAGAGAAUAAGUCCAGUCAAUAUCUAAGGCCCCAGAGCCUGUAGAUUAAAGCUCCUGUAGUUACCCCUGUCUGCCUUACUGUUUCUCAGACACGAGCUUGCUCAGAGAGACCCAGACAGACAGACAGACAGACAGACCUCAUAAUAUAGCAAGCCUCUCCAUCUCUCCCAAAGCUGGUUGAUGACAGCCUAGAUAUUUCACUCUAAAGGACCUAGCCGGAACACCUCUGAUAUAUCCCCCCGCCUGAUUUGUCGUCUGAGGAAUCGGAAUUGUAUCCUACUCACGUAGCGCCACCGUGAAUUAUGGGUAAUGAAGCUUAGCAUACCCUCUGGAGACGAGCCGGCCACCGUUGAUCUUCUUACCUACAACCCCCCUCUCUCCCUGGUGCUGCAGUGACUGAUGGGACAAACCCAUGUCGCGGCGCACUGCGCCCACCGAUUGACAUGCCAUAAUUCUGUCAAAGCAGCCGUUGCGCCAGAGAGAGAGGUGAGGAAUGCUGACAUGUUUGAGUGACGGUGUGUCAUUGCACUGAGUCCGCCACGAUGCUGCAUAUACCUACAGUCUGCUGUCUGCGAAACACUCCGUCUAACAUCACAUGAAAUCGUAUCCCCACGACGACAUUACUAGGUGUCAGAAUUAGAAUUCACAGAUAAAAGUGAGAAACCCUCCCGAGACACCACAGUACAUGAGAACGGUGUGAUGUGUAGAUUUGAGUGUUCUUGGUAAAGAACACACAGUAAAGCAAUGUUGUGUCUGAAAUGGCACCCUAUUCUUUAAAUAGUGUACUACUUUUCACCAGAGCACUGCUCAAAAGUAGUGCACUAUUUAGGGAAUAGGGUGCCAUUUCAGAUGCACCCAAAUAUGUAUAGUAUGUAUGUAUAGUGUCUGUAUUAGUCGACAGUGUCUGUUCCGGCCGAGACCCUAUAUCCCCUUUCCUCCCUGUCUAGCUCUCGUACGUGGACGCUGAGGGAAACCCCAUUGGUGUGGUCCAGAUGACCUUCCUGCGUCUGCUGAGUGCGGCCGCCCGCCAGAACCUCACCUACAACUGCUACCAGUCGGUGGCCUGGCACGACCAGGACGGGGACUCGUACGACAAGGCCAUCCGCUUCCUGGGGUCCAACGACGAGGAGAUGUCCUACGAUAACAACCCCUACAUCAGAGCCGUGGUGGACGGCUGUGCGGUGAGUGGAUGGAAGGGUGGGGGAAAGUGUGUGUAACGGGUGGAAGAGUGUGUGUGUAAGGGCAUAGGUGUGUGUGCAGUGAUUUGCUGGUCAUGUGUAUAACGGCAUGUGUGUUUUGUGUGUCUGUGUGGGGAGUGAAUUGUGUGUCUAUGUGGGGUGGGGGGAGUGAAUUGUGUGUCUGUGUGGGGUGGGGGGAGUGAAUUGUGUGUCUGUGUGGGGUGGGGGGAGUGAAUUGUGUGUCUGUGUGGGGUGGGAGGAGUGAAUUGUGUGUUUGUGUGGGAUGGGGGGAGUGAAUUCUAUGUUUGUGUGGGGUGGGGGGAGUGAAUUGUGUGUUUGUGUGGGGUGUGGGGAGUGAAUUGUGUGUUUGUGUGCGACUGUGUGUGGUUUAGAAAGAGGUAUGAUUAAUGUGAAUAGUAAGCCUCUACACAGUUUCCUGUUUGUUUAAAUGAUUUAAGAUUUGAUGUAAAAAAAUAAACUCUACUGUAUAUAGAGGUCGAAGUACAGUAGCACUUUCUCACUAUGUCUCUCCCGCUCUCUGUUUUUCAGCUGAAAAAGGGCUAUGAAAAGACAGUACUGGAGAUCAACACACCAAAGGUGGAACAGGUGCCUUUUGUUGACAUCAUGUUCAACGAUUUCGGCGGAGCUACGCAGAAGUUUGGAUUCGAAGUGGGUCCUGUCUGUUUCAUCGGCUAAGACUGUUUACUGAACAAAAUGGAGAAAAUAAAAAGCAUCUUUGUUUUCUCAGAAACAAAACACAUGAAUAGGACAAUUUGUAUUUGUGUAAAACAUUCUGUGUCCAAAAGCAACAAGUAUGAAUAAAAUACACAAAAAUCAAGAUGAGAAUACUACAAUAAAUUUCUAGAGGAUUUGAUGUCAAAAAAAAAAAAAAAGAGCAACCUUGUAACCUCAGUGUGCCUUCUCCAUCACAUGAAUAAGUCAGAUACUACCGACCCCUAUCUUCACCACUGACCCCUAUCACCGAUCCCAGCGCACUUGAUGUAGAUCCAGUCUGGUUGUCCAAUGCACCGGAGGCAAACCUUUACCUGCUACUCCACUGGUUUCAGAAGGUUGCCAUGGACUCCAUCCCAUGUGGCAGGUUGCUUCUUUGUUUGUUUUUUAUCGGUUUUUGUCAUUGUUGUUUUUUGUCUCCCUCUCAAUUCCCACUUUGAAUAUUUUAUUCAUUAGUUCAUUCAUUCGCUCAUUCAUUCAUUUUGGAAGCUUUGUUUUGUGCAUAAUUGUCUCCCCAUUCUUCUGAAUGGAACUUAUAUAUAUAAAUAUAUAUAAAUAUUUUUUGUAUGUUUGUAAGUACUUUCUGUAUAUUUUUCCUAGUAAUGUUUAUUGUUUCUGGCUUCAAAACAUGCAUGUGACCUUUUAAGACAUGAGGUAAGAGAUGAUGGUCAUUGGAAUACAUCAAAUUUGCAGAUACUAGAGUAAGGAAUUGGACGUGUAAAUUGGAGAAUAGAUGAGGAGUGCUUGUCUUGUUGCUGGGUGUGAAGAACACCUUAUUGUAAUUUAAGAACCGAAUGAAAAUAAAAUAUGGAAAUAAUACUCUGCGCUAGUAUGUGAGAGUUGAUUAGCAUAAAAUAAAAUGUGUCAAGAAAAAAACCGACAAAAAACAUUCCUCCUCUUGUGUCCUCUAUUUUGGGUGCAUUUGGAGAUUUUAUUAACUUAAUAAACAACUUUGAUAUUUUUUUCUUCAAUACUUCCAUAUUUCUACUCUAUCAAACUAUAUAUGCAACGGGAGAUGUCACUUUUCAAUGAAACACAAGAAAUCAAGACUUAGGUGCUAUUUUCUCUCCUGUGGUGCUAUGAUAUUUUCAAGUUUGUUGUUAUUUUGAAAGUACAGUAAACUGUUGGUGGUGAUGUUAACCUGUCACCAUGACUACCCUGUCUGUCCCUGACCCUCUUAGCCCCUAACCUCUGACACAACAUCUUCGCUACAUUCUUAUUUAUGUCCAGGGGCGUUUUAAUGCAUGCCAGUUUGCUUCAUAUUCAUUCAUAGAUCAAUGCAGUAUUUUAUUUUAUGUAUUUCUCUGCUUCCAAGGCCCACUUAGUAAAAACUAACAGCGUCUAAUCAAACUGCAACUUACUUGGAAUGUGAUAAUAGAAAUAAGAUUGUACUCAGUUGCCGAAUGUGGUGCUAAUUUAUCUAACUUUCUUAGAUGUCUUAAAAAAAAAAAGAAAACGGUAGAAGCGAUGCUGCAAUGCUUGCAUAUCAUGGUUCCAAGACUUGGAGCAAUUUGCGAAUGGAUCUCAGUGAUUGGUGUUAUGUGCAAUGGAUCAUCUUUUUUCACUUCGCCAAGCUUUUUCCUGCUAUCCUUUUUCGGGGUUGGGGGUGAAGGUGACUGGUUUGGAAGGGGUACGGAGUGUCUUCCCCGUUGAGUAUUCCAAAGCACAUGGCCGAGGAACAGUUUGGAGUUUUGGUACCUGAAACCAUUAACUUUCUUACCAAAGGCUUUCUUUUUAUAUUGCUUUAAGUUCCUACAGGGCCAAGAAUCCACUACGUAUUUUGGUAUCCACUAUUUGAAAAUGUGGCAGAAUUGUCAAUGAUGAUUAAAAUCAGAUGAAUCAUGUACAAGUCCAAAAAAUAUAUUAAAAAAGUUGUUUUGAACGAUAUCAGAUAAGCCCGCUUAUAGGUAGAAAAUACAGAUGCAAAGCUUGUUUUUGUAUUGUUGUUUGGGGUCUUCUGAUUUAACUGUUGGUUUAUUUUCUUUAGCCCUAGUUAUCCCCUUUGUACAAACUAUGCACUCUGCCUGCUUUUGACCACUACAGCAUCUACCACAGACAUUUUUACUGUCCUGCAUAAGUAGCUAGUUUUUUGUUAUGUUUUUUGUUUUUACCUUCUAGAUAUGUGACUUGAACCAUUUAUGUUAAGAUAGCUCAAUACACUUAUUGAUCAUCAGUUUUUAAUGUUCAUUUCGAUGAAGCACGCCAAAUUUAACGUUAGCUCUCAAUAAAAGAACAAAACAUUUUUGUAAAUUUUCAGAACCAGCAGUAAUGCUGCCAAUCAUUUUUUUAUUUUUUUUAUUUUAUUGUUUUACGUUUGUCUGUUUGUUAGUUUUUAUGGUCUUGUCAAACCUGUGUAAGAGAGGAUAGAAGAUAUAUUGGUUUUUAUGUCAAUAAAUUCAAGUUUACUGUGGCCACCCACUCUUGUAUGUCUUUUGAAGCAUUAAAACCUAUCUGUAUGCAUGAAAUUGUAAGGUUUUUUUCUCUUGUUUUUAUACUUUAUAAUGACAUGAUCUCCAACCCACCUUUUAUUAAUAAAAUAGAUAGAAUGCUAAAUUUCAUAUGAUAAAAUUGAAAACGGUCAUGUCCAUAAUUGUGAAGUGGAGAGAGAAUGGUGAUAUUGUAACUCUCUACCCACAGCCAAUGUUAAUUUGUAGUAUAUUUAUUGUAUUAUUUAAAAAUAAAUGUAAAUUGAUACCGUAGUAUUACUGGAAGGCGCCCUCUUUAUCUCGGAAACAGAAUUAUUUAUCGUUAAAUGGUUUUCAGUCACAAUUUGCAGUUUUUCUAAAUGAAAUAUUACUGCAACUCCCCUAAACACUGGUGUUAUGGUAUCCUACCUUGAUCCAAAAAUCCACCAUCAAUGAGAUGUGGACACAAAUAUGUUUUAUUCAUUUUUCUCAUUCUUUUAUAGACUGUUGGAAGACUAUCAUACCUAAACAUUAAAC